AACGGGACUGUCACAAUGGCUCGUGUUUUAGUGGACGGUUCGCACAAAAAACAAAAAAAAAAACAAACCGUGAGCUCUCGGCGCUUUUAACGUUAUCUGGAUAAAGUCGCGUUGGCGACAUCAAAAUGUUGGAUGCUGAUUGCUUGUGCAAACAUGGAAGUCACACCUCAGAAUUUAAGUGUUCCAUAACAAAGGGAGAACAACAACAAAAAUUGUGGGGAUUUCCUGAAAUCAUAAUUGACAGCUCAAGUUAAAUGAUAACUUUUUCUGAUCAAAACAGUGGAUAGGUGGAUAAGUGGAUUAUUCUAAAAAUAUUGGUCAAUUUUGUGAUGUCAUAUUGCUGGGUGGGGGUAAAUUUAGUUUACUUGAAAAUUCGUAAGCAUCAUCUUUAAGAUAUUUGAUCUCUCUAAAAGCGAAUUCAUCCUCUCAACCAUCUUACAACACAACCGAUUUCAAUUGAAUGUAACAAGAGACUGGUGAAAAUUACCACCAUGAGGACUUUGGUAUUACAGGGGAAAAGCUGACUCACAUUUUUAAGGUAACUCAUGAGGAAGACGUUUAACUUGACCUUUUAAUGCAAGGCGACACAAUAUUUAUUUUUUUUUAAUGAAAAUUUCUUCAUUUCUAUUUAUUUAUAAUUAUGAUUUAAUUUAAUUUUUUUUUAAACUAUGUGUAUUAUCAUAACUUUAAAGUGUUAAAUUUGUAUUGCAAGUUUUUAAAUAUUAUAAUUUCAAUUAUAGUUAUUAUUAUUGUUAUUACUUUUGAGAAGAAAGUCUAAAUUCUUAAAAUAUUUUUUUUUUAAAAUAAAAAUAACUUUUAUACUUCUUGCUGUAAAACAAGGGGGAACAACCAAGGGUUUGACGUUGAAUGCAAACUUCAUCAACUUUUAAGAACGCGAGUCAUGAUUUUUGUCAAACGGACAAAUUGUCAGUGAUUAGCCGUAAACGUUUUUUAAACAUAUUUAAAAAAAAGGUUCAAAUUAUCAAGCUAUAACAGUAGAUUUAAAACCACACAAAAAUUAUUCCAAUGCUUAUUUUUUUAAAACUGAACUAAGGGUGAAUUUUGGAAGCUCGACUUCCAUCACUGUAGAGCUGAAAAGUCAAGAUUUAGUCGAACAAUUUCAUGCCAAAAAAUAUCUUGAAAAAAUUGUUUUGUUGUUUGUUGGUUUUUAUUUGACGCAUUCUACGAAAGGGUGUUUACUCAGCCCCUGUGUUAACAAUUUUAGCAACAACACCAAAAAAAUGUCCAUGCAUACCUCUGCCCACCCCUGAUUGUUAAUGGUAGAUAAUCCUUACCACGUGACACCAUGCACCCCCAACACUCAUGUCAAUGGUAGUUGAUCUUUACCACGUGACACCUUACACCCCCAACACGCAUGUCAAUGGUAGUUGAUCUUCACCACGUGACACCUUACACCCCCAAAACGCAUGUCAAUGGUAGUUGAUCUUCACCACGUGACACCUUACACCCCCAACACGCAUGUCAAUGGUAGUUGAUCUUUACCACGUGACACCAUGCACCCCCAACACUCAUGUCAAUGGUAGUUGAUCUUUACCUCGUGACACCAUGCACCCCCAACACUCAUGUCAAUGGUAGUUGAUCUUCACCUCGUGACACCAUGCACCCCCCAACACGCAUGUCAAUGGUAGUUGAUCUUUACCACGUGACACCUUACACCCCCAACACGCAUGUCAAUGGUAGUUGAUCUUCACCACGUGACACCAUGUGGCCCUUUAUUGUAGUAUUAAAAUGCUCCACUUUUGUUCACCAGCCCAUUCAAAGAACUUCGUUUGUGGAUAAAGACUUGAAAUUCCUUAUUAAAAAACAGUUUGCUUAAAUACACUAGUUGAAUGGAUUGGAAAAUAAUAUAAUGUCAACGGAAGACUGAUCAGAGGAGAUAAAGAGUAGGCUGCAUACAUGAAAAGAGUAUAUGAUGAAACUAUGUGAUAUCUGAAUAUUGCACAUGAAGCGUUGCAAUUCGGCAAAGGUGAAGGCAUACGUUGGGGUAGGAGGUGGUGCGACUCUUCUUUGUGGGAAUGGCAUUUGCGUUCCUUUUCCGCUUUACGCGACCGUCUGUUUGAUGCUGGCCCCGUAUGAUUUGUGUAGCUCUCGUCGGGUGAGGGGCGCAAACGUUUAAGGACCCCCCCCCCCCGGGCGUAACAAGACUCCAGCCACACCACGGCAUCUUCGAUUAUUGAAAUUCAAUAUUUAUUUUUGUGGGCUUUAAGUUUUUGUUUUUUUACGUUGGGGUAGGAGGUGGUGCGACUCUUCUUUGUGGGAAUGGCAUUUGCGUUCCUUUUCCGCUUUACGCGACCGUCUGUUUGAUGCUGGCCCCGUAUGAUUUGUGGAGCUCUCGUCGGGUGAGGGGCGCAAACGUUUAAGGACCCCCCCCCCCCGGGCGUAACAAGACUCCAGCCACACCACGGCAUCUUGGAUUAUCGAAUGACAAUAUUUAUUUUUGUUGGUUUUUUGUUUUUGUUUUUUUUAUCCCAAUGUAAAAGUAGUUUGCUACGAAGACACCAAGAUAUCCUAGCCGGCUAAGCCGAUGAAUGAAUACGACAAUUGAGUGGAAAAAAAAAAUUAAGCUUUAAUUUAGUUUGAGUUAGACUUCAGCUCUAAUUAAAUAUUUUAAAUGUUGAAACGAUGUUUGUUUCGUGAAUAUCAAUCGAUGUUUGAAAUUAGCUUACUAGAAAUUCAUUAGACGAUCUCGUGCCACAAGAGGCAUUACGUAUCUGGAAAUUUGAUCGAAAGAAAUGUCGUCGAAGGAAAUAAAUUGAUCGACGGAAAUUUGAUGGAACGGAAAUUUGGUCGAAUCUUUUUUUCUUUUUUUUUUUGAGUUCCCGCGUUAAAAUUUUGCGUCAAAUUUCUUUUUGAACGCACUGUAAAAAAAAAAUAAUGCAUUCAAAAAGAAAUUUGACGAAUAUUUAAUAGUUUAAACUCAAAAAAAGAUUCGACCAAAUUUCCGUUUGAUCGAAUUUCCGUCAACGAAAUUUAUUUCGAUCAAAUUUCCGGUAACUGAGACGUUAUCCAUUCUGCCCACCAGGUUCCCCCCCCCCUUUUUUUUUCAGAGCCGGCGCUAGGGGAGGGCGAAGUGGGCGACCCCGCGAGUUGCCGUUGUAUAUUUAUAAUAUACCUAAGCCUACUAAUAGUUCCUAAUCCAUUCAACACAAUAUUCGGAGUUAAUAGAUAGUCAAUGGCAUGAGGGUCAGUCUGGCUCCCAUACUAUUCCUAGUAUUUUGUUUGUCUUUUUUUUUUUUGCUUUUGUUUUGCUUGUGUCCAUUCCUAAUCCCUUCAACACAAUAUUCGGAGUUAAUAGAUAGUCAAUGGCAUGAGGGUCAGUCUGGCUCCCAUACUAUUCCUAGUAUUUUGUUUGUCUUUUUUUUUUUUGCUUGUGUUUUGCUUGUGUCCAGAUUACAAUGGCUCAUUCAGCUUCGUGUUUUCGUUAUUUGUUUUUGACAACCUUGAUAUUGGUAGCAAUGGAGCCGCGAUGAGUAAUUUAAGCCAGGGCAAUUAACUGCUAUAGGAAAAAAAAGAAAUUUCGGAAACUAAGCGAGUGAACAAAUAUCCGUCAAGGCGUUAUGACCAGCAAGGCCCCGGUACGACUAUAACUUAAGUGUCUUAAUUAUCCUGUCGGCGGAAUUUAUAACGUCAACGGCCCCGCAAAAUUCAUUUUGCCCAAAGCCUCACAUCAUCUUAGCGCCCGCCCUACCACUUUGCCGCCCCACCCCCCAAAAAAUUCAAUCCCCCCAAAAUAAAUAAUGAAUAAAUAAAUAAGAACAUUAAUUUUUGACAUUUUUAUUACCACAUAUAUGAUAAUCCUACAUUCAUAGAAAAUAAUUCCAUAAUUUACGUAUUAUCAUGAUCCCACAUUCUCAAAGGAUAAUUUUACAUUCAUAUAUGAUGAUCCAACACUCACAUAUAGCAAUCCCACAAUCACAUAUGAAGAUCCCACAUUCACAUAUAAUAAUCACACAUUUACGUAUUGUCAAGAUUCCCACAUUCUCAAAGGAUAAUCCCACAUUCUCCUAUGAUAAUCCGACUUUCAGAUAUGAUGAUCCACAUACUCAUAUGAUAUUCCCACAUUCUCACUCGCCAAUGAGAAAAGGAGUUAGCAGAGAUUUAAGUUACGAUUCAGCUUUAGCUUUCAGCCGAGACGUCAACAGCUUUGUCCCCGUCUUCCUUUGGGUUUUCCCCUUCCCCGCGUGUCGUAUGUUUGUAAGAUUACCAACACGUUCUUCAUUUGGUCAUUCCAGUCUGGCACCCAUGACCCGUGUGGAUCUCCCGGUGGAAUCGUGUACCGUUUUCAAAUUUUUAAAGUCUAUGUCAGUGUGGUAGAAAAACAAUUCCUCUACUCUGUCAGAUAUAGAUUUAUAUUUUUUUUUUUUUUUUUUUUAAAUGUUUGAAAGAAAAAAAAAAUAAAUAAAUUACCGAAAAGUUAUUGUAGCGUAAAAACCAUACUUGUAAUCGCAUCGAAGUCACAGGUUGUCGUAUUAAAGAUGACGCACUUUUAGUUCAGCUGAACGAAGCCCUCUGCAUAAAAGUUCAUCUUCCAUACAGCCACCGAUCAGUGUUUCUCCGAGGCAUUAUGAAGUUAUCCAAGCGAGGACAAUCCACGCUCGUGGAAUCUGUUUAGUGUGAAUGGAUGAAGUUCUUGGCUCGAUGAAAAGAUGGGCUCUGCCGUUUGUCGACCGCAUUUGGGUGAUUCGUUAAGGAGUGUCGCGGUAAAAAUUCUAAUAGACAGAAUAUCAAAGUGCAGAACCGACAUGACCACCCUGGUGAAUGAUAAAAAAGAAAAUUGAAUUUCAUAUAUGUAAUUUACUUUUCAAUUUAUAAUUUAAUUUAUUUAAUAAAAAGUUUGAUCUGAUGGCUUCUAAAUUAAUUUAUUAUAAUUAUUUAUAAUGACACAUUUUUUGGAUUUGUUUCCAAAGGAUAAGGUAAAUCAUUAUUAUGAUAAAAUGAGAUGCAAAAUUUAUGUUUGAAGUAAUGAAAUUUAAAAAAAAAUAUAAAUUAUUAUAAAGAUAUCCCUGGCAUGUUUUACAUUCCCAAAGUCGGCCGUCGCUCAGUCAGUGUCACUACAUUCAUGAACAGCUUUUAUCCAAUACUAAAGGUGUUAGGGAAAUUUUGUGAGCUUAAAUUUCACCACUUUCAAUCAAUGUGUACUUUGAUGUGUACGCCAAAGGAGAAUGUAAAUGAUAGUUCAAACCAAUGUUGUUGUUUUUUUUAUGAAUCUUAAAAAUAUAUAUAUUUUUUUAUUACUGAAGCAUGCUUCAUGAAUAUUUACUUAUUUGAAAUAGUUCUGCCGCCUUCGUGUUUAUCAUCUUGCUUCAAAUUCGUCUUAACGCCAUCCUAAGUACUGUUAAAUUGUUGUUUGUUUCUUUUUUUUUUUAAACGUUCAUACAUCGUAAUCAACAUACAUAAUCUCUGGAUCCCUAUUAGCACCCAUACAUUAAUACAUUCGAUGUGGUAAACUAUGUCACCUUACAAAGAUUUGUUAAAAUAAAAAUAAUAAAAUGUGAGUUACUAUUUGUGAAUUUUUUGGGUAAUUUUUACAAAGGAAAAUAUAUAUCAAAUCUUAGCCUUCGUGGUUUUACUAUUGCUUACGACAGUAUGUGCAAACAUUUUUUUUUCAAUACAUAUAAAUAUUGUUUACUUCUUACAGGAUGUUUGAUACACGCUUUGCGUGUCCCGGGCAUGUGUGUCUUGCACUGAUAUUGUAUUUGGCGCCUAGUCUUGGUGGUAAGUUCCAAAAACAGAGACACGUUUUAAACUACGUACGGCGCUGUGAUGUCCACUAUGACAAAUGAACUAUCAAGAGUAUUGACAUAUGUAACGUCCGAUAUCAGUUAUGGCAUUUGUAACGUCCUUUAUCCUGUAUGACCUAAGUUACAUCCUAUAUCAAUAAUGAACUAUGUUACGUCCUACAUCAGUUAUGACCUAAUGAAAUGUCCUACAUCAAUUAUGACCUAUGUAACGACCUAUAUAAAUUAUGACCUAUGUAACGUUGUUUAUCCAUUAUGACCUAUGUACCGUCCAUUAUCUAUUUUGACCUAAUGUAACGUCCUAUAUCAAUUAUGACGUAUGCAACAUCCUUUAUCAAUUAUGACCUAUCUAAUGUCCUUUAUCAAUUAUGACCUAUGUUACUGCCUUUAUCAAUUAUAACCUAUAUUACGCCCUUUAUCAAUUAUGACCUGCGCAACGUCCUAUACCAAUGAUCUAUGUAAAGUCAUAUAUCAAUUUUGACCUAUGAUACGUCCGAAAUAAAUUAUGACCAAUCGGAAUCGGUCUUUUCCACACCAUCUUCUUUGAGAAUAUUUUCUUAUUAAACUAAACUAACGAGCCCGCAUGUAUUGACUAGUGACCUAAAGAGAUUUUUAUACUUGACCUGUUUGCUUAGGUCUCUAGUUGGUAAAAACUUUGAAUAAAUAUAUUUGCUUAUGAUUUCGAUUACUGUUGUUGUUAUUUUGCACCCAAUUCACCUAAAUUUACACAAUAAAGAAAGCAUAUUUUAUUGUUUCGGUGUAAUCUAUUUGUAGAAUUAUGGUCAUGAAUUGUAAGCCACAAGUUCGCAAUGUGUGUGUGUGUGUGUGUCCAUUUGAUAUGUGUGACUGUCCUUGACACUGGCCUACACUGGUGUUGGUCCCCUUCUUUUUUAGUCCUAUGUCCCUCUUUAUCUCGCUGGCGAUUAGCGUAGUGUUUAGCAGUUUAGAAUUAAAGAUUCUCUACGGCAAAACACGACAAAUGCCAAGUGACACGCUUGGUUUCUGUAAUGUAUAUUUGUGAUCCACUUUUUGAUGAGUAUCAGCGAACAAAAUUGAGGAUAAGACCAUAAAGAGUCUUUAUAUAGACUUCAAUCGAAUCCAGUUACGCAUAUUGCCAGUGAUGUGCAACCAAUGCAUUUAUUAGUUUGUUUUCAAUUUUGAAAAUGUUUUUUUUCUAAUAUUUCAUUUCAUAUAAGCGACUCUUGAUGGACAUAGGAAAAAAGUUCAGGGUAAUGGGGGGGGGGGGGGGGGUUUGGGGUUUGGAAAUAAAAUGAGUAAAACAGAGUAUGGUUAAACCUGAAAAAUUAAACGCAACAAAACAGCGAACGUGUCGGCAGAAGGCCUUCGUCAGCGAACAAAACAACAGAAAAAACGUUAUAAAAAUAAGAAAUAGCACUUAGCUGGUAAGUAGUAUCUGUGGGCAGCAAUAGAAGUGUGAGAUCUAUUUGAUGUCAGUAGUACUUCUAUUGCUGCCCACAGAUACUACUUACCAGCUAAGUGCUAUUUCUUAUUUUUAUAACGUUUUUUCUGUUGUUUUGUUCGCUGACGAAAGCCUUCUGCCGACACGUUCGCUGUUUUGUUGCGUUUAAUUUUUCAGGUUUAACCAUACUCUGUUUUACUCAUUUUAUUUUGUACUAACCUGAUUCCAGUCUCUCCCCUUAUUACCCCUUGGGGUUUGGAGUUGGGUGUGUUCGGGGGUAAGUCUGUCAGUCCAUCCCCGAAGACGUAUCAAUGCCAUCAACAACUAUUGGACUCCCAACAUCUACUGUACAUUCUCUCCACUCCAAAACGAACUCCCUCAUUCAACAAAAACUCUAAUUGGCCAGAGUUCCUCCACAGUUAAAACAUUCUGUGUAUUAUACAAGAAAUAUGUAAGAUAAUAAUUGAAGGUCUGCAUUCAAGCUAAAUGAAAUGGCAUUACAAGGUAUGUUGAAGCUCGAAUUAAAAGAAUUAGAGUCUUCUUUAGCGAACAGGACAAAUGGAAAAAAAAGAAAAGAAAAAUCGAACAUUAAGAAAAACUUUAGAGAUCUCCUUUGUUCUUGACGGAAGUAGGAUUACAUGGAAUGAAAGAAAAUAAAUAUUGGUACUGUGAAUAAUGAUGUCCAGAGCCUUAACGGACCAAAAUAAUUAAGGAUAUAUACAAUCUAAAGAAUAAGAAAAAUUAGCAAUAAAGGAAAAUUGAGAAACAUUAGUAGGGGAGUAUUUGAUCCAUUCCAUAUGGGGAUAUGAUUCUGAAAAGCUGAUUAAAUUUGUUUUCCAUGUUAACUCCCUCUGGUGUGUUGGUACAGGGUAUCAGUGCCGUAAUGGUUACAUCUCAUGAACCUUUAUGUUCCUCUCUGUUGAAAUGUGAAGAGACUGGGGGAAGUUUACCUUGUUCAAUAUCCCGAAGAUGUCCCGUGAACCUGUCUGCCAACAUUCUCCAAGUUUUGCCUAAGUAACUAGAUUGGCAUCUACGGCAAUCAAUCGCAUAUAUCAAAUUAUUUCUAAUGCAUGUGAAACCUUCUUUGAUAGUAAAGGUACUUUACUGACCACUCCUGCAAUUCCCCUGGUGUCAGGCUGCUUCAUCAACAUGAUGUUCACUUGAGUUUUCCAGCGACUUUGAAAGGGGCGAUUUUCUAUGUUAAGAACAAGCUCAUAAUCGUGAAGAAAAAAAAAAAAAUAAUCCCAGGCCUUGUAGACUUCGUCGGCGCCAUCGUUUAUUUUGUUACACAACUUACUACUUUCUAACGCAAAUUAAUACUUUAUUAUACAACAUAUAACUUUUUUACACAACUUACAAUUUUUUAAAAUAAAAUUAAAACUUUAUUAAACAAGUUACUAAUUACUCUAACUACUACUUUCUUAUACAAAUUACUACGUUCUUACUCAUAUUCCUACUUUAUUACAUAACUGACUACUUUCUUUUACAACUGACUACUUUCUUACUCAACUUACUAAAUUAUUAAUAAAAUUAAAACGCUAUUAACAAAUUUCUAUUUUCUUACUCAAGUUACUACUUUCUUAACAAAAAAAACACAAAAAAACUACUUUCUUAUACAUUUUAAUUCCUUCUAUAACAAAACUUAUAAAAUAAGGCAUUUCGUAUGCACCUCUCACUUUCUUAGUUCCCGUGACGGUACUUUAUGAUAUAAUCAAGUUCAUUCUUUCCCCACAGAGCUGUACUGCCCUCCGGCCAUCCCAGGGGAAGACUACGUGGCCACUGCUGAACUGUCCUACGAAUCACUGCAUGGGUGCCUGCCGCUGACAUUCACUCUGAAGAGCACUAGCAGCGGUACAAUCGUCACCUGUGAUCUCAGCAACAACAAGUGUACAUGGGAGGGCAAAUACCAUUUGGAUAGUGUUAUCAGUUUUGAAGUAAAUGAAAAGUCUGAAUAGUUGUAAUUUAAUUUUUUAAAUAUACAUUGUAACUCUUUGCUUUGUGUGUUUAUGUGUGUGAUGUGGGAGACACAGUGAUGAUAGUUAUCAAAAUGUAUAUAUUAGAGCUAAUGUGGCCGUCUUUUCUGCGCAAAAUUAAAUUUCAAGUCCAGCUUUACACGCUUGGCGUUUUAUUCACACAAUAAAUAAGGCUUAAAACAAAACAAAAAAACAAAAAAUGAGUAAAACAAAGUAGGGUUAACCCGGAAAAAAAGUAACGCAACAAAAAAAUAAUAAUUAUAAAACAAUACUAUUAUAAGACAAAGCACGGGGUAUGCAUCCUCAAAAUGUUUAUGGUAUUUCAUUUCUUAAAAGCUCAUUGGUGAAAUGUAUAAUAUGCGUCCACCUUCUUCAAUAUGUCGGCCCUCGUCAUCUCAACUCAAUUUCAUGAAAACUAUUUCCGCAAAUUAAAAAAAGGUACUAACUUCAUUCCUUUCUUAGGUAUUCGACUGCUAAGUCCUUGUUGGGGCAGUGCCCCCCCCUGGGGGAAAGCCAAGUGCCCCCCCCCCGGAGCAAAAAUAUGUCCGACGAUAAAUCAACUGGGACUGCUGGCACUGCCCCCCACCCCCGAAAAUCUGAAGUGCCCCCCCUGGGGAAAUUUUCUGAAAGAAACACUGUAUUCAAUCUAGUUUAUCCUUAUUUAGUCUCCUUUGAGUGUAUGAUCUAUUAGAUUUUGAUUUUAAAAAUUGAAUCUGAUAUGCCCAUUAUGUUUAUCCAUAUGUCAGUCAACAUAUCAGGGUUGCCAUCAAUGUUCCCUUUCAGCUACGCAGCCGCGCGGCAAUAUCACUGACGCCGCGCAGCAGUUUUGAGUACCGCGCAGCUAAUAAGUGUCUUUAGGCUGAAAAUUUUGCGCACAAAAAAAUUGAUGCUGUAAAAAUUUGCACACAACCUUAUGAUUUUGCCCACGAACCAACAAACCUUAGAGGGAACAUUGAUUGCCAGCCGUCCGGAAAUUUACGGAAAGUCCUUAAAACGUGACCGAAAAAAGGGCUGGUCCGUAAACACACAAAAAUGAGACGUAUACAAAAACGGGACGNUUUUUUUUUUUUUUUGGUUUUUUUUUUUUUUUUUUUUUUUUUUUUGCUUGCUUUUAACAGUUUUACCUAUAUUUAGAGAAAACUGGUGAGAAUGCCAUACAAUUAGCUAAUGUUAAAAAUUUUGCCCAUGAAUCAUCAUAGUGUUAAAAGUGUAGCCCUAUUUGAUAUUUGACAUGUUACAUAAAAACAUAAUUAUAGUCACGCGCAAAUUAAGUAUUAAGUUUCAUAAUUCAACAAGUGAAUUUUAACUCGUCGGCAACAGUUAGCCUAUGCGUGAAAUGUGUCAAGGUUCAGAUUGUUUCUCAGGAAAAUUUCAGAUGCAAGAUUUGAUGUUAGUUUUGAUUUGUGGGUGUCGACAAGUGCAAGAUUUGAUGUAAGUUUUGUUGUGUGAUGUCGAAAAGUGCAAGAUUUGAUGUUAGUUUUGAUGUGUGAGUAUCAAGAAGUGCAAGAUUUGAUGUUAGUUUUGAUUUGUGGGUGUCGACAAGUGCAAGAUUCGAUGUAAGUUUUGAUGUGUGGGUGUCGAGAAGUGCAAGAUUCGAUGUUAGUUUUGAUGUGUGAGUGUCGAGAAGUGCAAUAUUUGAUGUAAGUUUGAUGUGCGAGUGUCGAGAAGUGCAAGAUUUGAUGUAAGUUUUGAUGUGUGAGUGUCGAGAAGUGCAAGAUUUGAGGUUAUUUUUGAUGUGUGAGUGUCGACAAGUGCAAGAUUUGAUGUAAGUUUUGAUAGCCAGAUGUCCGCACGUGCAACAUGUGGUGAAAUCAUAGAAAUUAAAAUAGCAUCACUUUAUUUUUUAGUCGUUUCUUUUUAAGUCUAAACAAAUCUUGAUCCGUAAUCUCGAAUAGCAUCUUUUGUUGACAAUUCUCGAAUAGACGAGUGUUCUUUGUAACUCUUGUUCGGGGAGAUGGUUAAACACCUUUUGCUAAAAUAAUUGAUGUUUUGUGAUGAACUUGAAAUUUUGACCACCCACCCCCCAAACCUUUUUUUUUUUUUCUUUUUUUUACUUUUUUUUUUUCAAAAACCCACAAGUUUCAAACUUUGAAAUUCCUUUUUACUAAUUUAGAAAUAGAAUUCAAUUAAAUUUUUUAAAAAUUUUUUUUUUUAAUUUAUUUUUUUUUUUUUCUUUUUUUUACUUUUUUUUUUUCAAAGACCCACAAGUUUCAAACUGUGAAAUUCCAUCUUCCUAAUUUAGAAAUCGAAUUCAAUUACAUUUUUUAAAAAUUCUUCUUAUUAAUUGUUGAUUUCCAUUUAAAGAUAGAAAUCUCAACAUUUUUUACACUACCCUUUAAGCUAUGAGUAAUGGCCAUAGAUUUUUUUUUUUUUAAAUAUUUAUAUCCCAGAAAUGUUUCAGCGUUAAGUUUACUUCAAGAUGUUUACCCCUGGCACAAAAAAAAUAAUUGAAAAAAUAAAGGUUUUAUUAUAUAUUAUAUUUUAUUAGUUCCAACAAAUUUGAGACCCCCCUUAUUUGGUUUUAUUCCAUCGUUUCUAAAUGUAGACAACCCUUCUAGGAAAUGGAAAUGGAUUCCAGAUUACUGCUAAUGUGCCUUCGGCUAAUUUCUCUAUGUUCCUCGGCCAAACUCUACACUUAGAAUGGGGUCUGUGUGAUGGCGAGUCAACAUCAGACUCAUGUAGCCUCGAAAUUGGAGGUUAGUAAACGAAGUCCUCUUUGACAAAGACGAGUGUUAGAAAGACUGAUAGUUCAGUUAUAACGUAGUACAGUAAGGUAGUACUGUAAGUUAGUACAAUAGGGUAGUACAGUAAGGUAGUACAGUUACCUGGAAGAAAAAAAAUUUUAAACGUCAUAAAACAUUUUUUUUUCAAUGACUGGCAUAUGACGAAGACGCGUAGAUGACAGAAGCAAGCCCUGACCUCAUAACUGACGUCAGGGAUCAUUUGUAAGUUUGCUGUCAGUGUAGUCGCCAAAGACCCUAACAGUGUUGGACAAGGGGCAUCUCAGAUUCACCAACUUUUAUUGAUGCGGUAGCAAACUUCCGAACAUUGGCAACGGCGCCACAUAUCAUAGCCUCUGUCUUAUCGUCAUUUAAUUUAAAUCUGUUUAAUGCGAUCCAUGAUUUUUACCACAAGACAGCAGUCCUCAACAGCCAGAACAGCAGCAGCACAGUCCAUAGGAUCAGGCCGGAAACACUUCUACAGCUCUGUGUUAUCCGCAAAUAUUAUGGAACAUCGUGAGCGAAUACUUCGAACAUAAAAAAACAGAUCGUUAAAGUGUAAACACUGCAAAAAAACUAUCACGACGUUCAUGCAAAUGGUUUGAUUAUUGCGUUGCAAAGGAAAAAAAAGUCAGUGUCAUUCCAUCAUUCCAUUGAAAAGAUCAUAGCUCAACAGUCUGUGGGGGAGAGGGGUGGGAAGAGAUUAAAGCUAUGAGAGGAAAGGACCUAAACAAAAUCUAGGUAUACUUGGAAAAAAAAAGGAUACAAUAAAACGAGGAACGUAUCGGCAAGUAGCCUUCUUCAAAGGACAAACGACAUUAAAAAUAAAAUACAAUUUUUUUUUUUAAACUUUAGUAUCAACAGGACAACAAGAGGAAUGUGACAGAACAUAAGAAAAGAUUAAAUGCUGGCAAAAUUUGACGGAAAGGGGGGAGAAGUAAGUCCUCUGCGAUUGGUCGUAACGAAGAAGAGACGGAGAAAGGGUUUAACAUAGUAAUAGUAUAUAUAGCUGGGAAACAUUUUUAACGUAGGAGUUGAUGCUGAAGCCGUGACAUUUUUAUUUUAUUGAGAUAUUAUUUGACAAAUGUUAACUUUUGCAGGUCCUACGGACGAGUGUGCGCUUGUUAAGCCAUGUCUCCAUACCAGCGAUUGUAUUGACGAAAAAGUUGGCUACGAUUGUAGAUGUGCAUCAGGAUAUUCUGGCCUUAACUGUUCAGUGGGUAAGACGAUUCUCUUUACAAUGUUUUAAGCCUUAGAUAAAAGGGUUCACUAACCAAACACGGUUUACAGCGUAUUCUGAUGACAGUCGUUUCUUCUGAUAAUCCCUCUUAUUGCUUCUAACACAGAGUUCAAACCGUUUGAUUUAAACUGAAAAAAAAAACUCUUCGAACAGGGGAUGACGAACUCGCGUGCAACGUGACGUCAAUCACACUUCAGCCCAGCCAACCCGAGGACGCCUGUUUCGAAGAUUCCUACAUUCAAUGUUGGGUGGCGGCACAGUCCUCCUACGCCCCAGUGAACCUCUCCGUCGAUUAUGACAAGGCAUACGAAAAGGGUUACGACGUGAGCGUGGAAGUCACUUACGACAUUCUGACGCUUCGUGUCUGCUUAACUCAGGACUCUGCGCCAGGGAGUUACAACGUGAGUAUAGUUUUGUUACGAUUAUCUUUCUAUCCACGUGACUUGUGUUGUUACGAUUAUCUUUCUAUCCACGUGACUUGUGUUGUUACGAUUAUCAUUCUAUCCACGUGACUUGUGUUGUUACGAUUAUCAUUCUAUCCACGUGACUUGUGUUGUUACGAUUAUCUUUCUAUCCACGUGACUUGUGUUGUUACGAUUAUCAUUCUAUCCACGUGACUUGUGUUGUUACGAUUAUCUUUCUAUCCACGUGACUUGUGUUGUUACGAUUAUCAUUCUAUCCAUGUGAGUUGUGUUGUUACCAUUAUCAUUCUAUCCACGUGAAUUGUGUUGUUACGAUUAUCAUUCUAUCCAUGUGAGUUGUGUUGUUACCAUUAUCAUUCUAUCCAUGUGAGUUAUGUUGUUACCAUUAUCAUUCUAUCCAUGUGAGUUGUGUUGUUACCAUUAUCAUUCUAUCCAUGUGAGUUGUGUUGUUACCAUUAUCAAUCUAUCCAUGUGAAUUGCGUUGUUACCAUUAUCAUUCUAUCCAUGUGAGUUGUGUUGUUACCAUUAUCAUUCUAUCCACGUGAAUUGUGUUGUUACGAUUAUCAUUCUAUCCAUGUGAGUUGUGUUGUUACUAUUAUCAUUCUAUCCAUGUGAGUUGUGUUGUUACUAUUAUCAUUCUAUCCAUGUGAGUUGUGUUGUUACCAUUAUCAAUCUAUCCAUGUGAAUUGUGUUGUUACCAUUAUCAUUCUAUCCAUGUGAGUUGUGUUGUUACCAUUAUCAUUCCAUCCACGUGAAUUGUGUUGUUACGAUUAUCAUUCUAUCCACGUGAGUUGUGUUGUUACCAUUAUCAUUCUAUCCACGUGAGUUGUGUUGUUACGAUUAUCAUUCUAUCCAUGUGAGUUGUGUUGUUACUAUUAUCAUUCUAUCCAUGUGAGUUGUGUUGUUACCAUUAUCAAUCUAUCCAUGUGAAUUGUGUUGUUACCAUUAUCAUUCUAUCCAUGUGAGUUGUGUUGUUACCAUUAUCAUUCCAUCCACGUGAAUUGUGUUGUUACGAUUAUCAUUCUAUCCACGUGAGUUGUGUUGUUACCAUUAUCAUUCUAUCCAUGUGAGUUAUGUUGUUACCAUUAUCAUUCUAUCCAUGUGAGUUGUGUUGUUACCAUUAUCCUUCUAUCCAUGUGAGUUGUGUUGUUACCAUUAUCAUUCUAUCCAUGUGAGUUGUGUUGUUACCAUUAUCAAUCUAUCCAUGUGAAUUGUGUUGUUACCAUUAUCAUUCUAUCCAUGUCAGUUGUGUUGUUACCAUUAUCAUUCUAUCCGUGUGAGUUGUGUUGUUACGAUUAUCAUUCUAUCCAUGUGAGUUGUGUUGUUACCAUUAUCAUUCUAUCCAUGUGAGUUGUGUUGUUACGAUUAUCAUUCUAUCCAUGUGAGUAAGGAAAUAAAGAAAUACAAACCACCGGGAUAUUAACUAUAUAUUUUUUUUUUUUUUUUUUUUUUUUUUUUUUUUUUUUACUUUUGUAUCAUUGCUACACCAUGAAACGCAGAUUCCAUGUCCAUUGGAAUCAAUAAAUAGUCUAGAUAUUAAUAUUAUUUAAAUCAUGAAUUCAAAUUAGUUCGAAUAUAUUGAUUGUAAAAAUAAAAUUAGAUACGAUUCACAUAAAGUUUGUCUUUCAGAGACUGAUGUAAUGACUUUUAGUAUCAGUGGCGUUGAAUUCUCCGAUUCAAAAGAAAACAUUCGUCAAUGUUGCGAACAGUGUUAAACAUCUUCCUUUAACAUUGACUUAAAAUAUGGGUUGACAAAAUGAUGGCGCGAGAUUAUGUCUACGAUUCAACUAGAUUUUACAUAGAUGAUGUUGAGCCCUUAAAGUGGCGCCUUUAUAUUCAAUAUUUAAUAAUGUUCCCUCUAAAUGAAUCACUAUGGUUACAACUAAUGUAAGGAUAGUCUAGGUUAUUGGAAAUCAUAGUAUUAGCUUAUGAAAAAAAAAUGAAGACGUCACGUAAUAUUUGUAGGCAGCGUACCAACAAACCACUCGUCCACAUUAAGAUCAUGUUUCUUGUCCACCCAGAAUAGUGAGGUCUAAUUUAAAGAGGUCAGACCCAACUAAGCUUCCUUGGCAGAGGCGUAUCGUGGUGGGGGCGGGGGGGGGCAGAUGUCCCCGGGCGCCAGCUAGUUAGGGGCGCCAAAAUGUGCUUUGAUAUUAUUUUAUUGAUGAAAAUAAUGAGUUUGAGAGUUGAAAAAAAGAAAAAGGGGCGCUAAAAAUGGAUCUUGUCCCAGGGCGCGAAUCUUGUCCCCGGGCGCCAAACUCCCUCGCUACGCCACUGUUCCUUGGUUAAAAAGGUGACAAUAAUUUAUGUCAAUUAAUGUCAAAUGGAAUUGAAGCUUAUUCAGAAAUGUUUUUCAUUUUUUUUUUUUUUUUUUUAAUUUACACUCUGCGUCUUGGUAUAAAAUCAGAUAAUAAAUAAAUCCAGCUGUAUUUUUUUUUCUUUGUUGAAUUUUUGAAACUUUAUAAGCUCAAUGUGCAUCAAAAGUUUUAUGGAUUAUUGUGUCGUAAGGGCCAUAUGUAGAAGGUCCGUAUUUUCUUGACACGCUUGUUGUUCAAUUGAUUUAAUACUGUCACGUUGAUGCGGCCUGUUAUAAUAGAGCUAGUUUGAUGGUAAACAUUUAAAUCAUUUCACUGUCAAACUUAGAAGAUAUUCCUAAUGAUUUUAAGGUAAUAGUGAGCCUGUCCGUUGUACAAUAUAAUUUUCUUUCAAUUUAGCUGACUUACAACAUCAGCACCGAUGGCCGUGAUCAAGAAUUUCCGGUGACCUUGUCGGGUGAAAUUCUUCCUUACAGCAACACAGCACCGAAAUUUGUGUCUGCUGAUGACAGCGGGUCGUACCUCAUCAACGUGACGGAAUCUGUGACCAUCGGCGCCAAGGUUUUAUGUGUCAACAGGUCACGGACGGAACGUGCCGGGUGCUUAGGUCAACCUAGCUGCGUGAUGGUCGUUGACCCAGAUGACAACAAGAACUUUGGCGUCCAGUCUCUUGGAGUAGGCGUCAUUGACUGUAAGUUGUGGACGUGGACAUCCAUUACACCUGAUCAUCAACCCCCUUUUUAACUACAUAUACAAUAAUGGCCACAUAGGGGCCGAAUAAUUUAAAUGAUGAUAAUCUUAUUCCAAAUUUAACUUUACCAAAUGAUGUCUGACAUUGAAGGCUUCGAUCACCAGGCCGCCAAACUGACUGUUUGUGAAAGUAAGAAACAAACAACUAAAAAAAAAAAAUACAUUUGUCUAGGUACAGGUCUUUAUGUUGAAUUCUUUUUAAAAAGACUAUGAAAAAUGUUUAUUUAAUUUAUUUUUAAAUAGCUUCAAUUUCUAUUUAACUAUUAAAGUUAAUCAAAAAAAUAUUAUUUUGUUUAAAUCAAAUGUAUCAAUAGAUUAUAAUGCACGUGAUAGAAAUCUGAAGUCGUUACGUAAAUGUUUAGAUGUAUUUUGAUAGGUUCAAAUUUUUUUUCUUAUCCCAGACGGUACAGACUCUGAUGUUCUAAACUUCACUACAGAAAAUACAGAAAAAUCUCUGGGAUGUUUGUAUGUGCAAAAGAAACUGAUUCCAGCUAAAACCUUUUGGAUUGACUUAACUGUAAGUGUCAGGAUUGAACCCCCCCCUCGCCCUCCCACCCACCUCCACCACCCCCACACCCCCACCCCCCCCCCCCCCAGGGAUGUUUGUAUGUGCAAAAGAAACUGAUUCCAGCUAAAACCUUUUGGAUUGACUUAACUGUAAGUGUCAGGAUUGAACCCCCCCCGCCCUCUCCACACCACCACCACCACCCCCACACACGCACUCCCCCCUCUCCACACCACAGCACCACCACCCCACACACACGCACUUUUCCCCCCACAUGAAAUGAGUCUAUUCCAUUGUAUAAACAUAACGAAAGUCCAGAAAGUAAAUAAUUCUAUUAGUGAACUGCAUGCGCUGUCUGCCUUUUUUUCCCGAGUUAUUCUUUGUUCUUCGAGCUCCUGGUUGAUAUAUAAGUAUAUUUCCAUUCGCUGUAGGCAGCCCGCAAGCAUCACGUGAUGCCUUCAUUUAUCCAUGUUUCAGGUUCAAGAUGGAGGAAUGGAGGCUGCGAAAGCAAGAUUUUAUUUUUAUAUUCUUGAUGCUAACGAGCCCCCGAUGUGUGAAGCCAACAGUAUAGAGUUAGGAGCACUAAGCGCGUUCACUGAUAGUCAGGACCUGGUGGCUAUAAACUGCACGGAUCCAGAUACAGAAGAUGAAUUCAGACAAAUAAAGUUUGCUGUGACGAAAUAUGCAGGUUUGCUGUUUGUUCUUUUCUUUUUCGCUCCCCCCCCCCCCAUUCUAAAACGUAGAUAAAAUUAUGUUCACUUAAGUUUUCUGAAAUGGCUACUUAACCAUUUUGUCAAAGAGAUUUGUUUUUGAUUUAUUUCAAAGUAUCUUUUAACCUAAUUCUAAUCCAAUGGUUCUCGAAGGCCUUUCCUGGGCACAGAAGUGUGUUAAGACAUUAUACAGAUGUGUCGCGAAACUUCGAUGUCUGUGUGAUAUUGCAAGUCAAAAGGAAUAAUAAUGAAAAUAAAAGUAUUUUUACGACAGUCUUCUGUGUAAAAUUACAUUGUAUGAUAGUGUGCCUUGAACAAAAAAAGUUUGAGAACCACAUUUCUAAUCUACUCCCUCCCCACCCCCCACCCCCCACCCCGAUCCAGAACAAUUAUUCAGUACAAUAAUUGUAUGGUCAGAACCAAGAAACUCUGACGCAAUGAUUUUAUUAUUACCUUACUUAUUUCAAAGUAAACCUGGACUUAAAAGGAUUUUUUUUUAGGGCUUUGCACAAAUUUGUGACCUCACCCAGUAUACUUUUUAGAGCAACCUACUUAAGUAUUAUAUUAUUUCUGUAAUCCACUCAAACGAGUUGUACCUCAGCAAAACUCAUAGUUGGACUAAAUUUGGCAAUGACCGUUUUUUUUUAAAUUUUAUAUGACGUUAUCUGCACCAUAUGCAAUCUCUUGUCCAGAUAUUUUCCGCGUCUCAAGCUCAGGCGUGUUACAAGUCUACAGCCCCUUCAAGACAUGGGAAGCCGGUUACUACUCAUUCAACAUCACGGCCACAGGAUACUCUAGCCAGGAAGAUGCAAGAUUUACUUCCGUUAUCACAGUAACCUUUGCAAUUACAAGUAAUUAUUGUACAACACUUCUUUAUUUUUAACUGCUAUCUGGUGUCGAUCUUAAAACGUAACUUGUUUAAUAAAUACACUAUUUAGGCAGAUGUGAAAGUCUUCAUCUUGGCCACUCAUGGAGACCUAUGAUGGCGACAUUGCGAUAUUAACAUGAAAUUUGGGCUAUUGUAACGGACAUAAGAAAUAAUACACAAAUAAAAACAAGUAUCACAUCUCAAUAUCUAAAGAAGGCCAAGAUUCGACAAAAAAAAAAAAAAAAACUUUUAGACGUCUUCAAAAAAAGUUAUAUUUAACGGAGUAAUAAUUUAAAAAAUAAUAAUUAAUAAGAGAAAAAAUUUCAACGAUGUUAUUUCCGCNAAAUUUGGGCUAUUGUAACGGACAUAAAAAAUAAUACACAAAAAAAAACAAGUAUCACAUCUAAAUAUCUAAAGAAGGCCAAGAUUCGACAAAAAAAAAAAAAAAAACUUUUAGACGACUUCAACAAAAGUUAUAUUUGACGGAGUAAUAAUUUAAAAAAUAAUAAUUAAUAAGAGUAAUAAUUUCAACGAUGUUAUUUCCGCCUCACAUAAAAUUCCUUUCUAAUCAAAUGGAUGCUAGUGUUACAUGGUUUAGUUUUAUGAAUAGUGUAACUAAUUGGCUUCGGUAAAAGAAGACUUCUUCGUGAGAAAACCGGAACAGCGACAUGCUUCAUUGAACAAUUCGUUGAAAAAGGGUUGAACAAUUUUAUUGUUUUGAAUUUUUUUUUUUUUUAAAAAGAUAUAUAUUUAAAUAAUGUAUCAAAUGACCAAAGGUUUUGGAAUCCCGUUAUAUAUUAAAUGAUAGCUAUUAUCUGCCGUAGUAGCAGGAAACAUCUGCAAUAUCCAUUUCUAUACAAAUUGCGCAAGGCUAUCAAAAGAUUUAAAUUGAUAUAGUAUGACAGGGGGAUUUAAAAUUAUAUAGUAUGAGCACCGCACUGAAUUCCACAGGUCCACGAUAUUACAAAAUACACCCCCCCCCUAUACAAAAAUACCAUUUACCCCAAACCCUUACACUAAAUUCACAAAUCCUAACACCAUUUCCAUGUGCCCAAUCCCACAAAAAAACACAUACACUUUUGCCAUAUAUCUAUCACACACAUGGCACUUUUUUUUUUGUGUGCUUUUUUUUUUAAAAAGGAAUAAAUGUUGCUUUCUUUUAGUUCCAGGACCAAACUGUAGCCUGUCGUCAGCUAAUCCCUGGCCAAUGAGCUGGCGACCUAAUUUCACUGAAAUUAAUUUGACACUUUCUUGCGACACAAGAGAUGUGGGGCGACUGCUAAUUAAUUCUGUCGAUAUUGUGGAAUACUAUUCGACAUUUGAAGCUAAUAUAUUUAGCGUGACAUUCCAAACGAAAAACCAAAGCUCGGCGACCGUCACCCUUAAAUUGGUGACAUAUGAAGCGGGGUAUUACAUUGUGAGUACAUACAAUGUAGGGCUUUUAAAAAAGGUCUGCUUUUUUUUAUACUUUUGUUGGUAUGGCUUUUUUGUUCUUUUUUUUUUUUUUUUUUUUUUUUUUUUUUUUUUUUUUUUUUUUUUUUUUUUUUUUUUUCCAUUUUAGUGGUUUUUUUUUUUAUUUUUCCUGUUUUUUUUUGUUUUUUGUUUUCCCUUUUUCUUUAUAAUUUUUUCUUUUUUUUUAUUUUUAAAAUGUUUUUUUUUUUUUUUUUUUUUUUUUUGUUUGGUUUUUUUUUUUUUUUUUUUUUUUUUUUUUUUUUUUUGUCUGUCUUUUUCUUAUUUCCAUGUGCUUAUCUCCAAUUCAGAGGUGUUAUUUUACAAUUUCCAGGUGUAUUUUAGAGUUUAGUUUACCCAUUACGUCUAAGACUUUGACUGAUUUUUCAGGCCACGGUGAACGCCACCCUUGGGGGUGAGUGGUCCGUGACAACGAUGAGGAUUCCAGUCUUCAAUCCUCCUAGCAUAACAACACCAGACGACAUAGUAAGGAUACUUAGUACUGUGAGUGUGGGGUCGGAAAUACUGACCAUUCGUGCAACUUCGGACACCGAAGGAUCAUCCCUGACCUAUUCAAUAAUAGGUAAUUGGAUUCAUUGAAAAGAAUCACCUUUAGUGCACGCCAUCUUCUUUGUUUUGAAUUACCUCGAAAAUGACGAUUAACAUUGUUUCAUGUCUAAAUAAGAACUGAAGUCAAUUUAAAACUUAAGUCAUUACAAUAACUUAAGUCAAUAUUACAAAUCAAGUCCACAUAAGAACUUAAGUCAAUAUCACAACCAAUUCAAUAUAAGAACUUAAAUCAAUACUACAACUCCAGUCAAUAUAAGAGUGUAAGUCAAUAUUAGAAUUUAGUCAUUUUAAAAACUUGAGUCAAUAUAAGAACUUACAAACAAUAUAAGAACUCAAGUCAAUAUAAGAACUUGAGCCAAUAUAAGAACUCAAGUCAAUAUCAUAGCUCAAGUCAAUAUAAGCACUUAAAUCAAUAUAAGAACUUACUCAAAUUUAAGAACUUAAGCCAAUGAGCACGACAGUGAAAUAUCCUUUGGAGAAGUAUGGCGCCCAAGUUUGGUAGCUGUUGAAGUUAAGAUUUUUGUUUUUCACAUUUGGUUUGUGUAGUAUAAUACUGACGCUUUCUUUCUUCAAUGUCAUGAAUCCCUCCAUGGUGCAUGUUAAUCUUUGUAUGUCACAGACGGCAACAGUCAAGACGUUUUCUCUAUAAACGCCACCGAGGGCACAGUUUAUUUGAUGAAAGAUAUUUUGACGGAUGCUGAUAUCAUUUACAGAUUAACUUUUGAGGUAGGUAUAUUUUGCACAAAGCCAUUGUUAUUAGCUUCAGUCCCAAAAAUACAAGACCAAUUAAAUUGAAAACAAUCAAAUGUUGUUCAGCACCAAAGCAUGGACUUCCUUCUUCCAUAUUUUGAGUGCCCACGAUCAAUGUAUUGAUCAUUAUGGGCGGAAGAAUUAGAUAUUACUAGCACAUAUUGGUGAAAUAUGACAUGUGUGCCUCCUAGACUAUCUUGGUAUUACGACAUUGUGUCGUAGGCGCAAGGAUUAUCAAUACAUUGAUCGUGGGCCCUCAAAAUAUAAAAGAAGAAGAAGUGUCUUAUCAAUUAUCUUUUUAUUUGUCACAUAUCAAUUAAAUUAGCAAUGUCAUAUGCAUCUUUGGUUGGGACGUGACGCAUAUUAACCUAAUAUUCAAUUUGUUUUCCUCUCAUUUACUCAUCAUUAAUUUAUAUUAUCAAUGGCGUCUCAUUGUCUCAAGGUUAAAGACUCUGCCAGUAACUUGACGUCAGAAAAAGUCGUGGAGAUUCAAAUCAUCCCAGUACUCGAAUCUGCAGAGUGUGUAGUUCUUAGAAGUAAUGUUUCUGUUUAUAGAUCUGAUGAUAUCAAUACAGUUGGUUAUGUUGUUUGCCGUUUGCCACAUUCUGACAGUGCAGACUACAGCUAUAGUACAGGUAAGAUUCUACGAGACUCGGAUGUAUAUUUGCCUACUGAAGUUGGCUGAAGAAGGCUUUAUGUCGAAACGUCCUUAUCUUUUUGUCCUGUUCUCUAAUUCGAGCUUCCACAUACCUCGUUUUGGUAUUUCAUAUAUUUGCCUUAAUUGUAUAAAAGUUUGAUCUUAAGCAAAGAAAGGAAAGAAAAAAAAGAAAAACUAUACACACAAAAUGUCUGACUAAUGAGAGACUAGUGAGAAAUUUCAGAAUGUUAUUCAUGGUGCUAAUUGAAUUGUGUGAGGCUGACUCUGAUGGAGAGAGAAUAUAAUAAACAAGAAAUUGAUCGUAAACUCCCAGAUGUAUGUUUUUGAAAUGUUGACUUUAAUGGUUAGAAUAUCCGAAUUUGUUGUCAUAAACCUAUUUAUUUUCAGGAUAUAGCUGGGGCCUGAGUGUAUCAGACAGGGGUGUCCUAUAUGUUUCUGGCUCACCAACAAAUUCUGUUUAUUCCUGGGAUGCAGAAGUAAUCGUAUCAGAUAACGUUAAUAUGAGAGAGAUCACCAUCAAGUUCAAGUAUUAUAUUGACUUUAGUGAGUAUCAAGUAGCAUCACAUACGUUAUGUCUUAAAAUGUUGGUUUUUAUUCCUGUUGUCAUCUUUAGUUCGUCCUUCGCACGCGAAGAUGACCAAGGCAAUUUUCGACUCGAUAAGUAUCCUUGACCUGAUCUGUAUUUUGUUUAGAAUGAGGAAGAGUUGCUAACUUUGUCAGCCUCACUCUCUCGUCCUUGUCUAUUCGAUCCAAUGGCAAGACUUAGACAAGACAACUGGAUAUAGACCAGGAUGCAGUUGAUGACAAGCGGUGCGUCUUGUGUGUCUCACUGUGCGCAUGCGCUGUACUACGCAGGAUUUUCAGAAUGUGCUGAAUCUGAAAGGAGUUGCCAUCCAAGGUUAACGAGUCCCAUCCACCUGGACAUCUGGGAUAUUUGUUGCUUUUGCUGCGGAUUGAUUCGAGUUCACUAGCUAGGGAUUCACUCAAUAUAGACCGCUCGGCUACUCAGAAUCCCAUUGCUUUUAAUUUUCAAUAGGGUGGGACACGGGAGAAGCCAUCUUUCAGAUGAUAAGUUACAAUAAUAAUACUGCGCAUCAGCUUGCGUAUGGAAGAUAUAUCUUUGUGUUUGGGAGAUAUGUUUUUAAGGAUCUAUGAUUGCCCCCCCCCCAAUCCCACACACACACACAAAUAUUCUUUUAUGCAUACAAAAAAUUCCAACACAUAGAAAUCCCCACAAAUAAUAUUCUCCAUGCGGAAGGUCCCCUUCUGAGAUAAAUCGAAAAAUGGAAUAUUUCUCGCCUUGUGUGUGUGUGUGGGUGGGGGGGGGGGAUUUUGUUGCAAGUGCAUAAGGGUGUUUAAAACUCAAAAGAAAUUAUCUUGGGUAGCCAGACGUUAAUAAAUUCAAUUUUGUAAUAUUAAAAUGGGAUACAGUAAGCAGUUAACAUUUGGAAUGUUACUAAAUUUUUAUAUUUUAAUGUUACAUUUUCACCAGAAGAAAACUAUAAUCUUUUUCUCUCAGACUCUCUAACAAUCACUCUCAAUAAGUUUAGCUAAAUGCCACGUUUUACUGGAUUCAUUAUAGUAAACAUUGAACAGGUUAGGGAUCAUGAUUACAAGUCGCUGUUAAUGGAUAUGAGGCGAGAGGCGAAGGUGGUGACCUCUGGCCGAUGAUUCUUGCUAUGCAGCCCUCAGAAGCUGCUCCGAGGCAACCGUUUCGUGCCGGCUACUUCGCAAAUUAGUUGCGUUGUGGAAACCCACUGUGGAAUCCCUCUUAAAGGGCGUCUAACGCUUCCCCGGGAUGGGUGGGGAAAGAUUUUAGGACGUAAAUGUACAAUCCCAACUCCUGAGAAAGUCGAUCAUCCUGUGCGCUGUGUGCUAGCACAGUGUUGGACCCAUCGGGUAUCUUUGGGUUGGGGCGGCCCCCAGCGGAACCCGAUCGAGCGGAGUCGGGUGGGUGCUCUCCUGGUAAAGAGACAUCCCCAACGUGCUGCUUCGCGGCCCGUUACCGGGUUUGGGGGGGGGGUGCUUUGGGGAAGGCAUAAAGAGCUUUAAGCUCGACGGCCCGCUGACGCCUUUUCUUAAUGUGACAUUUCCUAAUGUGACUGGAUUCAUUGCUAUUAAUAAUAUGCAGCUCAGUUUGUUUUUUCAUUUGUUCACAAGCAAGCUUACUUACGUUUUCAGAUUGCGAUGACAGCCUCGACUUCUGCAUCACACUUAAUGCUGGCUACUGCUCCGACUCUUCUGUUUGCACAAACUGCUCUAAUGGCUGGUCAGGUAUCAACUGCUCCACUGAUGAAAAUGAGUGCACGGAUUUUGGUGGGAGUUGUUUGACUUAUGAUUUGUGUGAAAACACAGCUGGCAGCUAUCGGUGUCUAGGGACAACAACAUCAUCAUCAUCAAGUCAAAGUACCACGACAACUCCACCUACCACAACAACUUCAUCUACCACAACAAGUCCUACUUCUACAACAACAGGAGCGGUAAGAGCACAAUCCUUCCAACUAAACAAUUUUUUCAUUGGAAUAUUAAAACGACUAAUUGUAGUUGAAGUAGAUGGCUCGUUUUUUUCUAUAAUUAGAUAACUUUUUUUUCAAAGUACUGAGCUAGCUUAGGUGAUUGGAGGUAAAACAAAAUUUACUAGACAAAUAUUAUUUUGGCUUUAGAUGUAGAGAUUCCUUGUAUGAAAAUAUAUAUGUUAUUAAAACUAUUAUUCACCAAAAAGCAGGCUAAAUUUUUGAAUAACUGAAAACUGAUUUUUGCUUUCGAGAAAUACUUACAAAUUUCUUAAUUUAAUUUUUUUCUUGAUAAAAAAUGUUUAAGUUCAUUAGAUUGUUUAUCCAUAUAUUGAACAUGAAUACGUAAAAUUAUAUCCAGACUCAUUUCAAUGUACAGGGUGGGCCAAUAAAAGUGAGAACAUCUCAUAGCAUAUGAGUUAUUUCAAAAUAUAAUUUAAUUAAGUAUAAUUCUUCAUGGAAUUUUUUUUUUUUUUUUUUUUUUUUUUUUUUUUUUGCAAAAUAUUCAGCUAUCCAGAAAUCAUGUUCAAUGUGUCAUCCAAGUACUUAAGCUAGUAUGAGUAUAGUUAAACUAAAUUUGAUGUGAUUAAAUCACAUUUACGAGAUGUUCUCACUUUUUUUGGCCCAUCCUGUAUUUAACAUCACUAAAAGAUUCAUAUCUAUUUAGUUAACACUCUAGCUAUUAAUAGUGAACGUAUAAAUGAAAAUAAUAUAUAGGAUUUAGAUUUUAUGACCUGCUAUUGACUCUGCCAUGUAAAUCUGUGAGGUGAAAUCACCAUACAGUCGAGUCUAUAACUUGAGGGACGUUUCCCACAUGAUUUGGUUUUCAUAGAACAUACCCAGAAUAUACUGACAAAAUACUGACAAAAUAUUACUAGAGGCUAAAUAGUAAAAAAUAGUAAUGUGGUGCUGUGAGUUGUCUGCCUUUUCGUAAUGUUAUUGGGGCUCUGAUUCUGAAAAACUCCUUCAGAUUUUCGUAACAAAUCUAGGCUUUUUAAAGAUAUGUUGGAAGUACACAGUUUUAGUCAUCUCUGUGUUAUGAGAUCUUGCGUACAGAAUAUUUUCUACUUACUUUCUAACAUACACUUAUGGUGUAUAACUUGUGAAGAUCGAAGGACGAAAUUGGUUUGUUUCUCUUUUAUAAUUAUGUGCAACACUCACAGAUGGUAAAUGUUUAUUUUCUUAGUCUACAUACAUUUUUAAAAAAAAAUCUUCUAAAGCUUGAUCUUUUGGGGAACAAUGUGUUUAGAAUUCAUAUCCAUAUAUGAAACCUAUUUCUGUGUUGAUUUUAAAGUACAGAUGUGUGUUAUUUGAUGCCAAGUAUGGAGAUCAACAAUCGUCCCUCGUGGACUUCUAAUAUUGUAAACAAAUAGUGCAUGGAUAAGUUUCUUUGGUUGACGAAUAGAAGAGACUUUUCCUGAAAUUUGUAGUUACGAUUUUUAUGGAGAGAACCAAUAACCACUUCCUUGUAGCAGAAAAGUAGAUUUGAAAAUUAAUUUGCCAUCUUGUUUUAUAUAUUAGCAUUACAAAGUAUCCUUAUUUCUUAUGUCUUUUGGGAUAUUAGAGCUGGGAAGCCAGACAUGAUAUAAUUAGGAAAGAUAAGAUUGGCCUCCGAUGGAAAUAUUACGGGCGAAGGAAAAAAUAUGUUAUCAAUCAAGUUUUAGGAACACAAGCAAGAAUCACAGUAAUCAAUCAACAGAAAAUAUUUUAUCUGAAGUGAAACAUAUUACCAUGACCUACACAUGCUGCGGCAGCCAGCUAUCAAGGAACACAAAAAAUCUUAAGCCGAAUUAUCCUGGCGGAUCCUAACCUCCGAACUCUUACAAAGGGAGCUUUUUGGCGGAGACUAACAUGAACAUGUAUAAUAUAAAUCUGUGGCUUAGGCAUAAAAUAAAUAAAUUUACAUGUAUGACUCAUUGUGGCUAGGGUAAGUGCCGACCCCGGGAGGUUGACAAUUUUGCCGUCCCUUUCCACAAAUUUUUUUAGCAGUUUGGCGAAAAUGUCACCCUACCCUAUAAGGACCUACCGCAAGGGACGCACCACCCACCUCCUAACACUCCUUCCUACGCCACUGCACCUUACGUUUAAUUAUCAUUGUUAUAUUUUACUUGAAAUAACCUGUUAAUGGCGGUGACAAUGCGUGAACUUCCCGCCUACUAACGCCACUUGACAAAACAUGCAUUCAAGUAAUGCACCUCACAAGAAUCCCAAUUAGUGCUAACUUCUGGGAAUAUUAUUUUGCAUUCCAAAUGAACACAGCAUUACGGCCAUACAUAGCUAGAGAAUUAUUAUUUGUGAUGCUUAAAAAAAGAGUACUUUCAAAAUCUAAAUAACUGGAGAAAUAGUUCAACAUCAGAGGCACCGAAUUUCGUGUUGGCCGGUGUAAUUAUUGUGGGUUCUUUUUGCUGAAAAUUUCAUUUCAAAUUUUUUUUUUAAAGUGAUGUAAGACUUAUCAAUAUUUGCUAUUGGGUUUGUUUUUUUUUAAUUGGGUCUUACGUUUAUGUAUUUUGAUUUGUUUCGGUAACAUCCAUUUAAAAAUUUUGAAAAACCUUUUUCUUUUUUAAGAUAGUUUUUCUCAAAUCAUUUUAUUACCACUUUAAAAAUACAUUUCAUUACAUAUGGCCUUAGUUUCACCGACAAUAUACUUCUGGCAUUACAGAGUGCGGACUUUUUUAUUUUUAUUUUUUCCAGCAGCCCUCAUUUCGUUCCACUAAGGGCAGCAUGGAGCAUAGUAGAUGGCAAAAAAGAUCACUAAAAUGGGUAACCGACAGCUAUGAUCCCGUCUCUGAAGAUAUAACGACCAAGGGGACAGUUGAUGCUGAAAUAUCCUAUGGCCCUGGUAGGACUGAUAUAUUUGCAUCCCGUGAAGAAUUAACAAUGUCUACAAGUUCUUUGGAUUACUUUGCGAUCGAUGCAUCUCCAACAACUUAUAAUACAGAAACACUUCAAACAUUGGCGUAUAGCAAAGAAUAUGAUAUUCCUUCUGGAUUGGUUGAGACACUUUCAGGUGUGAGCUCGAGGGUUGAAACGUCAAUGGAUAGUACUCCAACAGCUUCAGCUUUAACAUCUAUCGAGCCCAGCUCAGUUUUUGUUAUUGAGCCUAUCUCAGGAGAUGGCUCCUUUGAUGAUCAAUUUCUAGCAUUUAGUGAGCUCGAUAAAGUUCAGCCUGCUACUACCGAUAGCAUGGAUAGCAUGACUAAUGGAAACACAGGGACACUUCAAACAUUGGGAUACAGCAAAGAGUUUGAUAUUGCUUCUGUAUUGGUUGCUGAAAUAUCCGAUGGCCCUGGUAGUACUGAUAUAUUUGCCUCCCGUGAAGAAUUAACAAUGUCUUUAAGUUUUUUGGAUUACUCUGCGAUUGAUGCAUCUCCAAUAACUCAUAACCCAGAAACACUACAAACAUUGGCGUUUAGCAAAGAGUAUGAUAUUCCUUCUGGAUUGGUUGAAACACUUUCAGGGGUGAGAUCGAGUGUUGAAAGAUCAAUGGAAAGCAAUCCAACAACUUUGAGUUCUAUCGAGCCCAACUCAUUUUUUAUUGAACCUAUCUCAGGAAAUGGUUUUUCAUUUUAUGACGCAGCUCCAGCAAUUAGUGAGCCCGAUAUAGUUCAGCCCAUUACUACUGAUAACGCCGAUGCCAUGCCAAUUGAUAUUAACACUGGUGUAACGACUGUAGCCCCUACUUUGAGCAGUGACGCUGAGGUCAUACCUGAACCAACAACAUUACAACCAACUGUCUACACCACAGUACUGUCCUCGUCAUCACCCUUGGAGUUAUCAGUUUACUCAUUCCAUGAUGACGCUUUUACCCCUGUUGCCCUAUCGUCGCAACCGAUAGAAACCAGCAGUUUACUUGAUCUCUCAUAUCCGAUGACUGAUGAAUUAUCCCGUGUAUCGAAAACAUCAAUAUUGUAUAAUACAUUCGAAUCGUCAUUUAGUACAGAUACGACUAUUACAGAAUUGAAGAGUUCUCAAGCAUCGAUGGUAACGAAACAGGAUACCAUGACAACUGCAAUAAGAUUAGAAAGCAUGACCAUUUUAACAGAAAACACUGCAACACCAAAUAACGCAACAGAUACAACACCAUAUUACACAAAACCAAAUUUCAAAACAGGUACAACACCAAAUUAUGCAACACCAAAUUACACAACAGGUACAACACCAAAUUACACUGCACCAAAUUUCACAACAGGUACAACACCAAAUUACACAACACCAAUUUUCAUAACAGGUACAACACAAAAUUACACAACACCAAAUUACACAACACCAAUUUUCAUAACAGGUACAACACAAAAUUACACAACACCAAAUUACACAACACCAAAUUACAUAACAGGUACAACACCAAAUUACACAACAGAUACAACACCAGAUUACACAACAUAUACAACACCAGAUUACACAUUAGAUUCAACACCAGUUGACACAUUAGAUUCAACACCAGUUGACACAACAGAUACAACACCAGAUUACACAACAGAUACAACACCAGAUUACACAACAGGUACAAGACCAAAUCACACAACUUCACACAGAGCCCCAACCACGACAACACCUACAACAACCCCAACUAUAAUACAAACUAUAACACCACCUACAACAUCCCAUACAGCAACACCAGAGCCUACAACAACAACUUCAGCACCAACAACAACACCCACAACAACAACACCCACAACAACAACAACACCCACAACAACAACACCCACAACAACAACACCCACAACAACAACCACAACAACCACAACCACAACAACAACAACAACAACAACAACAACAACAACAACAACAACAACAACAACAACAACAACAACAACAACAACAACAACAACCACCACAACAACAACAACAACAACAACAACAACAACAACAACAACAACAACAACAACAACAACAACAACAACAACAACAACAACAACAACAACAACAACAACAACAACAACAACAACAACAACAACAACAACAACAACAACAACAACAACAACAACAACAACAACAACAACAACAACAACAACAACAACAACAACAACAACAACAACAACAACAACAACAACAACAACAACAACAACAACAACAACAACAACAACAACAACAACAACAACAACAACAACAACAACAACAACAACAACAACAACAACAACAACAACAACAACAACAACAACAACAACAACAACAACAACAACAACAACAACAACAACAACAACAACAACAACAACAACAACAACAACAACAACAACAACAACAACAACAACAACAACAACAACAACAACAACAACAACAACAACAACAACAACAACAACAACAACAACAACAACAACAACAACAACAACAACAACAACAACAACAACAACAACAACAACAACAACAACAACAACAACAACAACAACAACNCAACACCAACCGCACCCACCACAACCGCACCCACCACAACCGCCCCCACACCAACCGCACCCACAACACCCGCACCCACAACACCCGCACCCACAACAACCGCACCCACUACAACAAUCACAACAACAACACCCACAACAACAGCACCUACAACACCACCCCUUUCAUUAACACCUACAACGCCAAUAUCAAGAACAACACGAACUACAACACAAACUGUAACACCAACUACGACACCAGAAAACACAACAGAAUUAACAACACUUCUUAAUGCAACAAGCGCUACUUCAAUUGUCACAAAUAAUGCACUGGAUAAUGCAAGUACAGCUAUUUAUAACACAACAGCAACGUCAUCAUUUUCACUUGAAUCAUCAACCCCAAGUGCAAAUUCCGCUUUGUCAAGUUCCACACCAUCAAGUUCUAUCUCCGCUAUGCCAGAUUCUUCUCUCACCAUUUCUACCACUACCAUAGGUUUCAAUAAAACCACCAAUCCUAUUUCAACAGUGGACCCUACAACGGAAAGUGAGGUUUGUCAAAAUGACUUUAUACAGCAUAUAAAUAUUUGCAUAAUGAUCAAUUUCAGCUAUGCAAGAUUCCCUCACUCUUUAUAUCUAUUUGCUUUGCAUGACCCUUAUUUGUUGUUUUUUUCCUUACCUUUUAAACUGGUAAAUUUAGUUUUGAUUCUAAAAAAUUGAAAACUACCUUUUUUUUAUAUACAUAAAAUUUUUACCAAAAAAAACAACAAUUACACCACAAACUAAAACACCACCUACAAACUACAAUACCACAUUGUACUUUGUCAUGCCUGUCAUAAAAUAUAAAUUACAGGUUCGGAUUUAACUUUUGUAUUUUUGUGUUUAUUUCUUGUGAACAGUAUCUGGAAGUAAAAUUGAAUCCUCCAAGUCCUUUCAGACAUUAUAAAAUUCAUGCUGUGCAUAGAAAACCACCAAUGUCUUUAAAAAAAUGCUUGUCUCAGACUUUAGUCAUUUACUUUAAUCAUCUGCUUGUAAUUUAAUGCAAAGCAUUUUGCUAUCAACUUCAGUGGAAAUCUUGCCAAAAAAAUAAAAAUUCUUGCCAACUAAAAGAUGUUUGAGGUAACCUAUUAUGAUUUUAAUAUGCUUGGCUCUCAGUUUGCUUUGCUUUUUGCUUGAUUAGUGACUACAACUUCUUAACUCAAAUGACAGCCUUUGAUUAGUGACUACUACUUCUUAACUCAAAUGACAGCCUUUGAUUGGUGACUACUACUUCUUACCUCAAAUGACAGCAUUUGAUUGGUGACUACUACUUAUAAACUCAAAUGACAGCCUUUGAUUAUUGACUACUACUUCUUAACUCAAAUGACAGCCUUUGAUUGGUGACUACUACUUCUUAACUCAAAUGACAGCCUUUGAUUGGUGACUACUACUUCUAAACUCAAAUGGCAGCCUUUGAUUAGUGACUACUACUUCUUAACUCAAAUGGCAGCCUUUGAUUAGUGACUACUACUUCUUACCUCAAAUGACAGCAUUUGAUUGGUGACUACUACUUCUUAACUCAAAUGACAGCCUUUGAUUCUUGACUACUACUUCUUAACUCAAAUGACAGCAUUUGAUUUGUCUGAAUAAAUGUGCAACAUCCUUAAAAUAUUAUUACAAGUUUUUUUUUUUUAUUUCAUUCUUUCACAUCUAAUAAAGUUUUUAAAAACCUUGAUGGAUCUUAGUAAUUUAUCAGGUGUUAAACCUUUAAUGACAGACUUAGUCUUUCCUGGUUGCCAUCAAUCUCACAAAACAUUGUAUCUACUAAUUAAAUUGUUCAGUUACUAUUUUAAACCCAAUGAUCUCUAUGUUUCAACUGACAUCUUCAGAGUCGAAUCGCUUUUGUCGCUAAGGCUAUUUCACAUAAGAGCGUAGGGAUAUCAUUUUUUUUUUAUGUCUAAGCAGCCUUGCUAUGUUAUUGCUAACAAGUCUGUACAUAUCCUUACAUAUAUGAAUGGUGAAAGUGAAUCGUCUACUUAAUUGGAAGUUUUAAUAUAAUAAAUAAUGAACUUUUUUUUUUUAAAUCAAGGUGAGAAAACUCUCAUUUUAUCAUCUUUCUAAGAUUCUAAGUGUGCUAUUACUAUUACAACUUUUCAGUCUAUAUUUUUUACCAAUUUAUUUCACAAACAUCUUUUCAAAGGUAAAUAAUGCAUGUUACUUCUGUGAAUUAGCCAUACUUAUCGCGAGCCCACGCUUAAAUAACUCUCUAACAAAAUUGUUAUGAACCAAACUUUAUAUUUUAGAAAAGGUUAGUUAAUAAAAUAGUUUAAAAUAUAUAGGCCUAAUGUAGAUCUAUUAUAAUCCGCAAUAAAAGUUUGUUCUUUAUUCAAUGAAAAAUAUAAAUUUCACUAUAAAAGGCCUGCUUAAAUAGUAGGCCUAUAUUAUUUAGUGUAACGAUAACAAGUAUUUAUAGACUUUAUUUUUUUAAAAAUUACUAAAAUGAUAUGAAUUUUAAGAUACAUCAUUAUCAUUCAAUUAUUGAAAUUUCUCUAUGAUGUUUCUAAUUUAAGCGAUGUAAUUCUUCCAUUAAAAUGUUCCUUCUUUAUUCAACAGCAGCUUAAUUGUACACUCCCACCAGACAAGGAUAUCUAUUCAAAUGAAAUUGUUGGAUACAUCAUUGCAAAGAUUGAGUGUAAGGACCAGGCUGAUUAUUCUCCAUUGAAUUUUUCAGUUCUUUCAGGUUUGUUUACAUGUUUAGGCUGUUUUGUUGUUGUUUUGUUUGUUUUCUUGGUGGCGUUUUUUUUUAUAAAUAAUUUAAUAGCCUUGUAAACACAUUCAAUAAUUUAAGUGCAUAAUUAAUUCAUUUUAUUAAUUUAUUCAGUUAAAAAGAAUGUUUUUUUUAAUUCAAACCAUAGCAACUGGCCACAUGUUACAUGAUAACCUGACUUAGAGAUUUUAAUCUCAAACUUGUACAAUAUAAAAUAGUAUAGGAACCUUAUCUUUUUUUAGUUAUUUUUAAACCACAGCUACACAACUUAGUGGCAAAAAUCCUCUAAGGGCUGACCAAUGAAAGAGCAAGCCUGUAUUUAACGAGAAAAAAUUUAAUGAAAUUUGUGACACAGUAUUUAGUAUUACUCUGUUAUUUUUUUUUAAUAUAUUAAGGACAUGCUCAACGCCAAAGCUAAAACUAUCCUUUUGCUGUAUUACAAGAAACAGAAUUUUUUUUUUUAAUAUUAUGGAAAUUUUAAACUAUAAAGCUAAACUUUUCUGGUAUUACUAGGAAUUAUAAAGAUUUUUUGUUUUUUUAAAUGGAUUUUAAUAAUUGGUUCACAGAGGGAAUCAACCCUAUUUUUUUAAAAACUUGUUAGUCCAUGUCAGAUGACUAUGAAAAGUUAGUCCAUGUCAGGUGACUAUAAAAAGUUAGUCUAUGUCAGUUGACUAUGAAAAGUUAGUCCAUGUCAGUUGACUAUGAAAAGUUAGUCCAUGUCAGUUGACUAUGAAAAGUUAGUCCAUGUCAGUUGACUAUGAAAAGUUAGUCCAUGUUAGUUGACUAUGAAAAGUUAGUCCAUGUCACUUGACUAUAAAAAGUUAGUCCAUGUCGGUUGACUAUGAAAAGUUAAGGAAUUAAAUUCUCCUCACCAUUUUAGUGUAUUUAGGAGCUCAGUUUACUAGUAAUGGUUAUAGGUAUCAUUGGUGUUGGGAGAUUUUUUUGUGUGGAAAUGUGCCAUGACAAUGCGUUUGAAACCUUUUCACCUGAGCACAAAGUAUGCAAAUAUAAUAAUAUUAUAUGUUUGUGGUGAUGAGUAAAUGUGUGUGCCCUGUGCCGCUGUGCCUGUGCAUAUACACUAUAAUGCAUAGUAUGAUUAAAAGCUCUUUCCCUUUCCCAUAACAUCAAAAGGAAAGCUGUCUAAGUCUAAGCUAAUAACAAAUAUUGCACUAGAUUAUUCAUAAAAAAAAGUUUUAAAUAACAAACUUUCAGUUAAAAAACAUAUUCACAAAAAACGAGUUUAACAGUAUCGGCAUUGAAUUACUAAACUUUACCCCGUUCUUUCUCAUUUCCUUUUUUCAUUUCAACAGAGCCACCGCCCAUUAAGGUUAAUAUAGCGGGCGAUGGAACAAUCACACUGGCCAGCGGCAUUCCAGAGACAAUGAGCGAAUUCGACGUCAUUGUUACGGUCAACAGCAUGGCGAAAAAAUAUUCAUUAAAGUGCACUAUCGGUAAGAUUGUUUCUGUUUAGUUUUAACCAAUUAUAAAAAAAAUGGGAUAAUGUGUCUUGUUCUAUUCUGCGUGAAUAAACAAAAUGUUGCGUUCGAAAUGAAAUUGGGCAAAAAUUGUAUUGUGUGAAUGGGAGUCGCUUAGUCACUUCCUUGUUUGGUCACGUGAUGUGAGUAAGCCAUCACUAGGCUGCUACACACAACAAAAGAUACUUCAUCAGUGCUUCCCCAAUGUCAUGUUACUUAAAAAUUUUACCUUUCGAAAUAUUCUGGAAUACAUGCGGUUUUUAAAUGAAAUCCAUAGAUGUGACAAUAAAUAUACGUCAGUUAUGAUUAAAGGAAGAAAGUUAUUUCAAGAAAAAUUUGUGAGCGAUAUUCGAUGGGAACUAUCAAUACUAUUAUCGGCAGGAUGUUGUUGAGCUCCGUGCGUGCUCAUGACGUCAUUUGCGUUUUUAUUCAAUAUUGAUGCAGGAGUCAUUCCCCUUUGUUUUAUUUUAUUGUUAAUUUUCAUUGGACGAAAUGUAGUGUAGUUGUAGUGUGUAACGGGCUACUGUUGUCAAGCGCUAGUGUGUUGUAUACAGCCUACCGGAAAUUUUACUCGUUUUUACUCAUAUCACGUGACAAAAUAAUUGACUAAGCGACUCCCAUUGAGCAUUCAUCUUGUUGCUAACCUUAACACGCACAAAAAUAGUAUGUUGUAUGAAACGUUAAAUGAAGAGAUAAAUAUGUGUUUUUUGGGUAAUUUAUAAAUUUUGUUCAAACUUUCAGGAGUAAUUAAUUAUUUAUUUAUUUUUCUUUAUUAAAUUUAUUUCGACUGUAUCAAAGACAACACAAAGAAAUGGAGGUUAAAUCUAGAGAAAAAAAAACAACUUAAGACAAAAUGUCAAAUGUACAUUUAUAUAAAUGGAAAUAAAACAAGAAGUUAUACAAAGUCCUAAAAAAUAGAAAGUUAAAUGAAAAAAAAUUAAGAAAUAAAUCCAGACAAAAAUGUGAUUUGAACCUCAAAAAUAUAAAUAAAAUACACUUGUGUCAUGCUUAAACAAAAGUUACAAAAUUAAAUUUUAUCAAAUUGAUUCAAAUGUAUUGUUGUUUUUUUCUUAGAUGGAUAACAAUUUUUAUUAUUAUGGAUUAAAGAGAUUUAGCGUGACAAAAAUGUCUUUAAUACCUACAACUAAGUUACAGUGUCAUGCAGAGGUGAAGCUAGGGGGGGCAGGUGGGGACAGAUGUAAGCUAGUGAGGGGCCCCAAAAUUUGCUUUGAUAUUAUAUUAUUGGUAAAAAUAAUGGGUUUGAGAGUUGAAAAAAAAGAAAAGGGGGCGCUUUAAAAUGGAUCUUGUCCCCGGGCUCAAAUCUUGUCCCCGGGCGCCAAACACCCUCGCUACGCCUCUUGUGUCAUGUUCAUUGAUGUUGGUUUGUUUCAACUCUGUCAAACGCCCAAGAACUUUUUCUUUGUAACAUUAUUAGUCAUAACUUCAUUUCAAUCAAUGUCUUACAUCAUGCCCUUAUUUUUCAUCCUACAGUAAGUGUUUGUCCGCAGUCGCAAAUGGAGGGCUUAACAUUUGAAAGAACGAAUGCAAGUGAAUCGGUUUCCAUUCGUUGCCCCUCCGGAUAUAACGGUAACAACAACAAAAAAACGCCUUUAAAAAAAUAUAUUUAAAAAUGUAUUUGUUUUAUUGAGUUUUAAGGUGAUGAGACAGAAUAACUGCAAGAUUUGAAGAACUCACAAGAUUUCAUUCAAUUUAUGGGAUUAAGCCAGUCCGAAAAAUGGAAUCACUUAAAUUGUAUUGCUUAAUAUAAAUCAUAAUGGGAACUACUCCUUCAUUACAUUCCACAAAUUUCUAUAAUUAUAACCCAUUCUUGUACUUACAUGAAAAAUAUUUUAAAUUUUGUAUGUAAAUACCUAUAGUUUUAAUAGCUUUAUCUGGCAUUUCUUUUACAUCCGACACAGGCACUGUUACAAGGCGUUGUGAUGGCAGGAACAAAUGGGGAGAUUUUAACUUGAAUGACUGUGAAAGGCAGGAUCUAAAGAAGGCUGUUUUGCUGGUAAGUAAAACAAUAAAACCACAGUAAAAAUACCCUCUGUAGAUUAAUUAAAGAAAAUAAUUUAUCUUAAAACUACCUACAAUCAUAUAAUCAUACCAUGGGGAGGACUGCGUUCAGGUUGAAGCAAUAUGAAAUAAUAAGGGCUUUUAACCUCUUGAAGGUGUUGUUGGUUUUUUUUAUGCUGAUCUGGGUAUUUUAAGUUUUAGGCAAACUCUGAAUUAAAACCAGGAGCAAGAAUGAUAAAUAAAUUGAUCGUGGGCCCUCAAAUAUAAAGAAAAGAAAACAAAACAGUUUAGGCUUUCUGGUCUUGGGGUUUUAUCCCUUGAAUGAAAUGGGGUGCGUAAUGUUGAUUUUGUUAAGUUAUGGGCCUUCCUGAAGACUAUGAAAAUAUAGUUUUUACUUUAAAGUUUUUCAAUAAAAAAGUAAUUCUGUUGCAUUUUUUUUCAACGCUUUAACCUCAAAUUCUAAUAUUUAUUCUUGUGUCUUUUGUUGCAUAAGGACUUAAUGUACAAAUAAUAGUAUAAUCAUUUUUUAUGAACUGGUUUGGUUAAGAACAUUCGGGGGGGGGGGUCGGUCGGGAAAAGGGGGGGUGGAACAAUGGGUUUUCCUCACCCUGUAAAACCAGCCCUAGUGGCACAUAAGGACUUAAUGUACAAAUAAUAGUAUAAUCAUUUUUUAUGAACUGGUUUGGUUAAGAACAUUCGGGGGGGGGGGUCGGUCCGGAAAAGUGGGGGUGGCACCAUGGGUUUUCCUCACCCUGUAAAACCAGCCCUAGUGGCGCCUCUGCUACGUAAAUUUCCCAACAACAUGUCACUCAUGUGGCAAAAAAAAAUUAGAAGGGAUUUAUUUAGCGGAUGCAUGAAUGGAAAGGAAGGAAGUGGCAAAUUGUUAUAUAGUCUAAGGGUUUGAUAGAGAGAGAAAGAGAGAGGGGAAGUGGGAGUUAGCAGGUAAAAGUAAACAUGACAUUCCUGCGGUGUGGUGUUAAGAUCCCCAUAAGUGUGUAUCAAUGCAGUUUUCCAAAAUCAUCUUGGUAGAAGAAACAACAGAUCACUACUGUGUUUUGUAGGUGUUCACUGAACCUAUCAUAAAGUAGCAGUUCUCUCUCUCCCACAUAGCACUUAAAGUAGUGUUUUAAAACUGUUGUGCAAACAACAUUCUGUCUGAAACAAGAGAACUCAUCUCUUAUUUGAAAAAAUCCCUCAGGUCAUUCAGUGGCUACGGCCACGUGACUUAGUUCCAAAAUAGGAAGGAGUUGUUCAUGUGUGGAUAUGAACAAGAAAAUCAAAUAAAUUCUUAUCGAUUUCUAAACACAAUGAGACAGGGUGAUGAGAAAACCCAAAGAAAAAUAUCUACAACAUUAAAAUUUUGAAAGUGAAAUUUGACAAAUCUAUCCAUGCUUGAAUACUUUGUCUAUUAUAUUUAAAAUUUUUAAAAAUAUCCAGUACCACCUAUACGAAAUUUUAAAUCUAGAGCCUCGUAAGAUUGUGAAUUGAAUUUUAAAUUGAAUGAUAGUCUUUAUUUGUAUCUCUCUUUGUAAAAUUUAGCUUAUUUUUAGAAUGUAUGAAAAUGUGUAUUAGCAUUUUCAAGUGUAUAUUUAAAUAUUUUGCUUCCAUGCUUUUCAGUAUGUCUUCUUGUCUUUGAUGAUUCUGCAUUUAAUUUUUUUUUUAUUAUUAUUCAAAAGAAAUAAUCACUUUUAACUAAUAAGUCGCAAAUUAAUUGUGUUAACAAAAUUAUUGUGUAUCCUUAGGUCGACCGAUUACAGGACAAAACAAUUAGUAGAGAACAAGUAACAGAAUUAGUUGAUCAAGUCAGUCAUGAAAUGAACUCCAGCUUUCAGAACAGCACAACAAUUGUGUCUGGUGAUAUCAAGUUAGUUGUGAACCUAUUCAGUGACAUGAGCAAAGUCAUUAACCAAAAAAAUGCUUCUGUGAGCCCUGAAAUUUUGACGGUAAAUUAAUACUUGUACUGUAAGAAGUUUUGUGCAUUAAUAAUAAAUGUUUGUAAAAUAUAGAGAAUUAACAGGGAGUGGGGGUAUUUAAUUAUUUUUUUUAAAAACUACGGCAUUUAACCAUUGAUUGUUUUUAGUCUUUACAUAAUUUAUUAAUGUGUCUGGAUUCAUUCCAGAAGCUGAAACAAUAAAAAAUAACAAUUGUGUGAAGAAAUUGCUUUGUAAUUCAUUGGCCAAGUUAUUCCUUUUUCAUUCCCAUAUUUUUCUUGUUUAAUCAUCCAUCCGUCCCUGUGGCGCUACAGCCCACAUAGGGCUUUGCCUACCUCACUACAUCCUUCCACUUAGACCUGUGGCGCUACAGCCCACAUAGGACUUUUGCCUACCUCACCACUGUAUAUCUUUUUCCACAUCAUCCAUUCAUCUUGGCUUAGGUCUGCCUUUGAGCCGUUUUUUUGUUGGUGUUCAUUUAGUUAAACAAAUGAGGGUCACAUCAUUUUCAGGUACAGCACUGUCUAAAUCAGCUGCAAUGUACGUUUCUUCCGUUCACUGAUUAAUUUAUUGAAAGUUGUUGAUGACCCCAGACAAAAUGAAACCCACAAAUACUUGAUUGAAAGUAGACAGUGUCACCUUUGAUUUGUGGUACCUUUGUGGAUAAGGACUGCCACUGUUGAGAUUUGAAUGAAAUAGCAUGUUCAUGGAUAUUUAUGGAUUUGUAUAUAUAUAUAUAUAUAUAUAUAUAAUUUUUUUUGUAUCUUUAGCUUACUUUGCCUUAUUUGUCAUAAAAAUCUAUGUUCCAUUUGUUUUUUAAAUAAUAAUAUACAUAAAAAAAUGAUCUCACUAGAUUUCAUUAAAAACUUUCCACAAAUUUAUUUCAGAAUCUUGCCUUUGUUUGUGAUAAAUUGGUCUCAGCUGACUCCAGUGUUUGGUCUCAACUGGACAAAGAUAACCCAGCUGCAGGAAUUUUAGAAUCCAUGGAGACAUUCACACGGGCCAGUCUUAACUCUUGGAAAGAUACUAAACCAAUAGAGAUGAGUAAUAUUGGUAAGGAAAAGGGAAUUCUACUCUUAAGUCUUGUAUCUAGAAAAACAAUGUGUUUUUCAGUGUAUCUACAUUGAUGUAGCUAUAAUAUUAAGUUUAGAACUGCAAUCAUUUUAUCAUUUAUGUGCAGUCACAAUUAACAAAUAAAUGUCUUAUGUAAAUAAAUUAAAUAUUUGGAAUGUCUGGACAUUUAAACAAAAAUUAUCAAGUUCUCUAAAAUGUGAGUGUGAAAUAAUUGUUUCUGUACAUGCCAACCUGUAUGUUAAAAAAGAAUUGUACAAAAACUCCUCCCAAAACUGUACAACAGCAUGAAAAUAUGAGCAGAGAAAAACAAAAUUGAACUAAAAAAAAAAGUAUAAUUUAUAACAUUUUCAUAAUGUAUCUAUGUUUUAAUGCAUAAAUAACAUUAAGUAUCUCUAUCUUCGCUGCAUGCAUAUUUUUAGCUUCUGUACAUAAUUCAUAAAUGUGCAGAUUGCAUUUUUCUAAUGGAAAUAGCAUGUUUUAAGUCCGAUUUUCAUUUCUGUAUCUUUGUAUUUUUACGGUUGUCAAUGGUAAUCUUCCGUUAAUUAUGCUAACUGUUGCUUCCUUACAUCCCCACAAGACAACUACGUUCUCCCAUUGACAGUAGAACCCUCUCAAUCCCAAGAACCAAAACUAAGACUAAGAACGCUCCUUCUGCUUCCAUGGGCCCACGUUCUGGAACCAGCUCCCUUUCCAUAUCCGUCAUUGUGAAACCUCGUCCAAUUUCAAAAAGUCCCUUAAAACUCAUCUGUUUAGGUCCGCCUAUGACCUGUGAUGCACCCUCCUUGCCCUACCUCAUUUUUUAUUUCGGGUUGAUCCUGAAGUGUCAAAGUGUCCUCGUUUUAUAGCCAUUUUCAUUGUCUCUAUAUAUAGUAGUUACUAUCCUAGUGUCUCAUUUUUAUUUUCUUAGUUUACAUGAUUUUAAUAAUUGUAAAGCGCUUAGAGCUUUAUGGUAAGCGCUAUAUAAAAAUGCCUAAAUAAAUAAAUGUGACGUCAGUUUUGACAAAUUUUCCGGGUGCAAUGUUACCAUCAAGAUGUAACCUAAUUUUUCACCAUGCAGUAAUGGAGAUAAAUGUCAUGAGGAUAUAUUAUGAUUUAAAAAGAAAACAAAAAAACUCAAUGUGGAUAUACAAAGACAAAAGCAAUAUAAUGUAAAGUAGUCUACAGCUUUCAAUGAUUUCUGCUAAAAAAAAAUAACGUCCAAAUAACGUGUAAAUAAUAUAUACUUCUAUAAAGCGAAGAAGAUAUCACACGCUUUUGUUUUAGACAGAGUUAACGUUUAAGCCAUGUUGAAGUAAUAAAUAGGAAUAUGACUAGUGCUGGUUAUUGAUGGUAAUGUUUAAAAAUAUGUGAUUAUUAAAUAGAAAUAAAAAAAAAAAACACUUACUAACACUGCAGUUCUUGUAAUGGAUUACACAAAAGGUUUUCUAAUUAUGGUUUUCUAUUAAAAGUAGUUACUACAGCACUAUGCUUUCUUAGUCUGAUUAUAAACGAAUGACAUCAGUGAAACCGUGCUCAGUUUCUACAUUGAGACGGCCAAUGACAUUUAAGCUCCUUGUUGUCCAACGUUGAAUUUAUUGCACCGCCAAUUUUUAACGUGUUUCUCGUGUAAAAAUAUUUGUCUUCUAAAUCCAGUGAAAACCUGUUCAAAAGCUUGUAUGCCCAUACACCUCGGCAAACAUAUUUAUAAAAGCCGUACAAAUUAUGGGUAAACUGUACAGGAUGGCAUGUAUUUCGUGUUCAAACUUGGACCGAUGUUUAUGUCUUUUUAUAAUCAACUUUCUAGUAAUAAGUUGUCUGAGCAGCCCUGGAGAUAUACAAUUUCCACAAAAAGAUUUCAAUGCUGGAAAUUCCAGCUGGGCAUUUUCCAAUGAGAUAUUUCUGGAAAAAAGUGACAUGCCAGGUAUAUUUUUGGUGUUUGUCUUGUUUUUAAACAGUUUUUAUUGAUAUUAAGACUAUCUAGUUUUAAAUAAAAAUAGACAUUUGCUUGCAUUCAUUGGCAGUGCCACAACAUUUAUCUGAAAGCAGGUUCCGUCAAAUAGAUUUAACAUGUUUUAUAUCCUGUCAAAGUCCAGAUAAAAUACAGAGCAUUUAAUUAAGUUAAAAUCCUAAAUACUUCUGCUAUUCUUUAUUUCCCAUAGAAAUAAAAAUGCUUUGAAAUUUUUUUUCAAAUCAAAUCUUAAAUAAGAUCAUUCCUCAAAUAAAUAUGUGUCCGAAAUAUAUAUAUUUUUGAUUUACUUGUGCAGGAAUAGUUAAAAAGAAGCCUAUAAAUAUUAUUUUGUUCUAUUUACAAAAUAUAGCAUCUAAUUCUAUUGAAGAUGUAACUCGAGUAAUCAACAAAUUAAACAUUUAAAUUUAUUUCUUCAAUAAUUUAGGCAAUGUUAAUUUCUCUGUACUUGUAUACAAAAAUCUGGCACAGUAUGUCAAAAUCAAUGCUACUCUUCAAAACAUGUAAGUAAUUGAUAGCAAUUUAAUUAUUUGACUAUAAUUUGAUUAUUUCAUUUUUUGUUUUAAAUUUGUCAAAUUGCUUUGUAAAAUUUUGUAUACAUUUUUUAUAAAGUUGCACCUUCCAUGGAAAUUAAAACAAUAUAAUUGACUCUUUGAUUUGAGUGCUUAAAAUGUAAAAAAAAAAAAAAAAUACAUAUAAAAAAAUGUAAUAUAAAAAACACUUAGAGUAGGCCUAUUAGUCAUUAGUCUUAGUAAUCAUUAGCUAGCCUACAUUUCAAAAUAUAAAUUAUUUUGAUUCAUUUGCAUAAUAUAUUACUAAAAUAAUAUUAUUAUACAGAAAUUGCAAUUAACAGAUACAAAGCUUAGAUAAUAGAUUCAAAAAAUUUUUGUUUUAAAUUUUUAAAAUUUCUUUGUAAAAUUUUGUAUAAAUUUUUUAUAAAGUUGCACCUUCCAAGGAAAAUAAAAAAAUAUAAUUGACUCUUUGAUUUGAGUGCUUAAAAUGUAAAAAAAAAAAAAAAUACAUAUAAAAAAAUGUAAUAUAAAAAACACUUAGAGUAGGCCUAUUAGUCAUUAGUCUUAGUAAUCAUUAGCUAGCCUACAUUUCAAAAUAUAAAUUAUUGUGAUUCAUUUGCAUAAUAUAUUACUAAAGUAAUAUUAUUAUGCAGAAAUUGCAAUUAACAGAUACAAAGCUUAGAUAAUAGAUUCGAAAACUAAUGUAUCUCAUGUGCAAAAAUUGCAAAGAUUUUAAAAUGUAUUAUCUAGAACUGUUUUUAAAUUAAACUUUUGAAUCACCUAUUAAAUUUAAAUGGCUAAAAAUUCUGCAUUUUUACCAUAGUAACGAAGGCUACAUUUCAGUUAUAGGUGUUCAGUUGUUUUUAUUAUUUCCACAGAUAUGAAGAGGAUAAGGCCCUUCUCAACAAAUCAAUGAACUCUCAAAUUGUGUCAUUUUCCAUGGAAAAUAAAGACAUCAAGAAACCUGUUCAACUCACUUUCAAAUUGACACUGGUAAAGUUUUCUCAUUUAUUAACUACUUUACUAUAACAAACAUCAUAAGAACAAUUUUCAAUCUAAAACUUAAUGCUUAGACAAUUUUCAAUGAUCUUUUUUUUCACAUCAUUAUUUACAUAGGAGAGAACACAAUUUUUACUUAGCUUUGAGCCAUAAAUGACAUCAUUCAUUUGUGAUGUGUAACAAUGGUGCAUUAUUUUUGUUAAAAUAUAUCAAGAUUUGAGCGGGGGGGGGGGUGAGUUUGAGUAUAAAAAUAGGCCAAAAUAGAGUGACUCCUAGUGAAGUUAUUUAUAAAUUACUCCUAAUCAAAAAGUUUAGCAUUCUAAAUUAAUUUUCAUGAAAGGCUUUUAAACAUUCAAUAGCAUUGUUUCUUUCUUAGCUACAAAGUUAGAGCCCAUGCAGCAGAGUACUAAAUAAUAUAAAAUAAUUAUAUAAUAAUAAAAUAAUUUAGUAUCCAAAAAUGACUCAUUUCUUUCCAUUUUAUAUUGAUAUGUUUUGUCAAAGUCCAAACAUAAGUGUAAUCCAUCUCUAUCAUCUAAAUUUUUAAAUGAAGUUGAUCAAUAAAAGAAAACGUGUCUCUCUAUUAUCAUGAUUAUCCUUACAUUAAUUUCACCAGGAUAACUACUCCAACCCAAGUUGUGGUUUUCUGAAAACAGAUUUAAGGUAUUGAUUUCACUAAAGCAUUUUAUUAAACUUUGUAUUUGAAAAGUCUCAGUUACUGUAUUCAUAUGUAAAAAAAAAAAACAAGUGGCAUAUAUUGUUUCAAGCUGCCACGGUUAUAUCACAUGUUCUUGUUUUGUGUUUUUUUUCAUCUUGACUCAAUAUUGUUAUGUAUUUCAUCCUAGCGAAAGCGAUGACAAUGUCUGGUCUACUAAAGGCUGCAGAUUUUUAAGGUCCAACAAAACUCAUGUUGUGUGCAGCUGUAAUCACACGACAAACUUUGCUGUUUUGAUGAGUGCUUUUGCAUCGGUAAGGUUAUGUAUAAAAUAUUUUUGUUGUUUAAUUAAACUGUGUGGGGAAAACGCAACAUGUGGCUUUAGUUUCAAAAAAUAUAUUUUGGUGCACGUUUAGUAGUGGAUUUAUCACCCUGUCUCACUGUUCCAAAUAUGAAUGUCAUCCAUUUUCUUAAUGAAACUCUUAAUUGUGAAAUAUUUUUAACACUGUUUAUGACGUAAUACUUUCUAAAUUUAAACAAUGUAGCUAUAAUUCAUUUAUGCCAAUCUUUUUUAGAGCACCUAUGAAAUAAUACACAUAUUCCAGAAGUAUCAUGUCCUUAUGAAUUAAUACAUUUAUUAAGCCUCUAGUAUUUUAUAAAUGGAAAUCUGAUGACAGUUUAUUUAUUAAGUGUAACAAAAAAGAAUUCAUGGCUUAUAGACUUUUUUCUUUCUUUACACAGCCUGAUGACAGCCUUGCACUGAGCAUUAUUUCUGCUGUUGGAUGUGCCAUAUCUCUCUUCUGUCUGGUUAUGACUAUCAUAGUUUAUAGUGUCGUUUGGAAGUGAGUUUGUCUCUCUUCUUCUCUGCAGAAAUUAUAAUUUAUGGAUGAAAUAAAAUUUGAAAUCUGUUAAAGCCCAAAUUUUAUUGAUAUUCAAAAUAAAAAUAAUAAUUUCUCAUAAGAAUAUCUAUUUAAAAGUGGUUUUUAAUUGAAAUGUUGCUUUACAAAAACUAAUUUCAAUGGGUACAUUUUUGUUUGUAAUUCUUAGAUAUGUCAAAAAUGACCGUUCUGUUCUCCAUGUCAAUUUGAGUGUGUGCCUUAUCAUUGGAUAUGUUGUCUUCCUGGCUGGAGUAAAUAGAACAGAUAAUGAAGUAAGUUUGCCUUUUGCUCCAUUGAUGCAAUUACCAAAACAUAAAAUGAAAUAAAGUACCUGAAGGAGAAUAAAUGGCAGAGUUACAUUAGAUUUUUUUUUUAUUAUUUAUUUUAAUCACGAAGGCUUUUUAAUUUUCAUUACUUAUUGGUUUCAUUAUAAAGAAAAAGUGUGUUUCUUUUUAGCAUGGCAAACUAGAUUUGUUCAUAUCUUCUUAUUGAUAAUUGCAUGAUUUAUAUUUUGUGAAUUACAUUUAGAUUGGGUGCAAGGUUGUGGCAGCGCUUCUUCACUUUUUUUUCCUGGUUGUUUUUUUCACCAUGUUGGCAGAAGGCAUUGAAAUCUUAAAAUCUGUCUCAUUUGUCUUCACAUCAAAAUCAAUCUUGCGUUAUUUACUUCUUGUAGCAUAUGGUGAGUAAUACUAUAUAAUGUUAAAAUUUAAAGUAAUUUAAAUACUCCAACGGGUGAUAUUAAUUUUAAUGAUGUAUGGGAAUUUUGAAAUUUAUAAAACUAGGUUGAAUGAGCUUCUGUCACAUUAGAACUAAUUCUCCACAUUGCUAACUUGUACAAAAUUUAUAAGCCUAAUGAAAUCUUUUUAUAUAAAAUAAUUUCCUUUUUCAAUAAUAUAAUUAUGAAUUUGAGCUACCCUCUUAAUGUAUUUUAAAAUUUGUCAAAAACUAACUGAAGUAAAGUAUGGGAUUUUUGUUUAAAUUACCGGUACUGUAACUAUAUCCCAUGGCUCACACAGGUGCACCUUUAAUCAUUGUGGCUGUCUCCCUUGGAGUUAAGCAAACAGAAGGCUAUGGGACAAAAGAUUUGUAAGUCACAUUUUAACAAGGCAUUCAAGUAGUGAUUUCUCAGCUUAAUUAUCCUUCUUUACCAGCUCAACUCAGUAAUUAAAGGCCUGUAUUCAUUUGUUCAAUAGGAGCCUGUCUACAUAUUACCUUAUAUUAAAAAAAAUUAUUAUUUUUGUUUUCAGUUGUUGGUUGUCAGUAGACGAUGGUCUCAUUUGGGCUUUUGUUGGACCUGUUUUGUUUGUAUUUCUAGUAAGUUCAAGUGAUAGUCUUUACUAAAAGCUGUGUAUCAACAACUCCUACUGCCAUGGCACACAAAGUUAUCUACCCAAAUUUGGUUUUAAUAUUAAAUUUAAAUCUAAGUCUGUAAAUUGCUAGCAUUUUUUCAACUAAGAAGUAAGAAGGGUUCUGGCACAGAGCCGAGUUAUUUAAAACUUUAUUUAAAUUGUAAAAGUAAUUGAUAGUCUUUAAACUAAUUUUAAAUGUUAAACAUACUAUAAAAUAAACCCUUUGUAAUUUUUAAAAAUGUUAGAUUAGUUUAAAGAUUAUCAAUUACUUUUACAUUUUAAAUAAAAGAUUCUAGUACUAAUCAAACAAUGAAAAUUCCUAUAUUAAAUCAAUACUAUACAAACUUAAUUUUCAUAUUAAGUUUGUCCCUUGUUGAAAUUACACAAUGAUUACAAAAGAUAACUGUACUAUAGUCAACAUCUUGAUGAGUGGCUGUGAUAUCUGUAGUUUAUAUAACUCAGUUUCUUCAUCUAUCUCAGGUCAACUUUAUCAUUCUGAUCAUUGUUUUGAAGACAAUGCAGACAUCACAAAUAAUGAGAGACAAAUCUGCAAAAGAUAGAAUAAAGUAAGACACUUAUAUAAACAUUUAUUUAUUUUUGAAAAAUUCACAGAACAUAUUCAUCCACCAACACUAAUAACUUUUUAAUGUCUCAAUGUUACAAUUUUUAAUUUGUUAAUUUCCUUUUUUUAAUUCAUUUGUGUUGCUGUAUCUCAAUUUAAGUAUAGUCUAAUAAAAAUAACAGUGGACUUAAGUUCCCAUUCAAGAAUAAUAUAAAAAUACAAAUUUUAAAAAUGUCAAAAAUAUUUUAUUUUUGAAAACGAGUUAAAAAAAAGUUUUAUCUGAAAUUUUUAUAAUUAUUUUUUUUUAAAGGUCAGUAGUCAGAUCAAUCAGUAUAUUAUCACCUAUUCUGGGACUAGCUUGGAUUUUUGGUGUGCUGUCUGUUAAUGAAGAUACUGUUGUUUUUCAAUAUUUGUUUGCAAUCUUCAACUCUCUCCAGGUAUUUUAUUUCUCAAUUGUACCUCUAAAAAAAUGCCAUGCAUUGAAAUCUAUUAUUAUUUGCUAUAUGAAACAGUGGCUUAAAAUAAAUGAGAUGUCAAUUUAUUCUUUUGUUUAUUCUUUAGUGACAUAAUUAAACAUAUUAUAAAAGAUAUUCUAAUCUAUUGUUUUUUUUUAAUUUCACAUUUCUUUCUUUAUCUAGGGCCUCUUUGUUUUUAUAUUCCAAUGUCUACUGCAGCACCAGGUAAGGAAUUUUCUAUUAAUUUAUAUAAUUUUUUGUUUUUUUGUUAAUACUUUCAUACUGACCAUGAAAGAAAUUCUCAGAGUUUAUAUGAAACAUAAAUAUUUAUUCACAAAAUAAAGGCAGGGGUCUUUUGGGGUCCUUAACAUGGUAAAUUUGGGUUUUCACUUUUUUUAAUAAUCAAAUAUUAUAUUAACUAUGUUAUUAGAGAAGAUCACAAUGACUAUAUUUUACAUUUCAAGUAAGAUUGUAAAAAUUAUUUAUCACUAUAAUUUUAAUCUGUUUCCAGGUGAAGGACGGUUUUAAGGCAAUGAGACGGAAGCAUUAUGCCAAGUCUAUGGAUUCUGGACAAAGGGUUGUUUCAGGUUCAAGUCAAGUGAGUUUAUAAAUGAUUAUUAGUGGUUGUAAUUGAAAUGUUAAACUGAUUCUUAGUGGCUGAACUUCCAAUUACUAAACUGUUUUUAGCACUUAUAAUUACAUUGUCAAAGAUUUUCCAUUUUUUAAUUCCAUCACUGAAGCAAUAUUUCAAAAUUUAAAUGGCCAUUAUAAAUUUAUUUUUAAAUUAAAUCUUAAGUUAUGUUUUUAAAUAUCUAAUACUAUAUAAAAUAUUAUCAUAAUGCUUUUUUCUAUUUUAGAGUAAAGGUGUUUCAUACUCAUAUUCACAAUCUGCAUCUCAAAGCAAAAAUGGUGUGUAGAGUUGCUCUUGCCUGCCACUGCCUUUUUUAUGUUGUUGAACCAUUAUAUUUCUAAAUAGGAUGUCAAUUUCUUUUAUGAAUAAAUCAUCAAAAUUUGGUAAAAAUAUUCUGAUUGAACUUAAAUUUUAUGUAAAAAUUUUAUCAGCUUCAGAACUAAAUAAAAACAUUUUUUUUACGUCCAAAAAAAAAAAUAAAUAUAGUAAAAAAAUAAAAACCAUCAUAUUUAUGAUUUAAAACAUAUAUUUUCUUACAAGUUUUUAAUAACUAUUACAAUUAAAAAAUACAAUAUGUUGUUUAAAAGAAUUAUAUGCUCACAUUUUUCAUUAUUUUUAUAAAUACUGUAAGACAAAUAAAUAACCUUUAUACACAGUUGUUAAAAUGUAAUAAAAAUAUGUUCAUUGAUCAGUGUCCUAUAAUUCCAUUUAGUUACACAAAGCACAUAUGCUCAGACCUCACCCAUCAAAGAGCAGCAAUUCACUUUCCACCAGUACAACAAUCCUGCAUUUCAAGACAAUACUGAUGGGAAGAAGUCGGUCAAAAGUAACAAAAGUUACACUGAUAACAUUAGCCAUAAUAAUUACGAAGAAGAUGACAGAAUUGUCCCAGUGAGCAAUGACAGGGAGGAUGUUUACUUUUACAUGGGGAGGACUCUGUAUCGAGAUUCUAGAAAAGAGGUGGCGGGUGAGAGUAACAUGGACAGUUUUUCCUUUCCUUCUCCAAAGCUUUUGGACAGAGGUAAUUCACAAGAGCCGAUAAUAUAUGGCAGGCCAGGCAUCCCUGAUGAAGCAGAGGUAAAUUUUAAUGCUUUUUUUUUUUUUUUCAUUUUUUCCUGAACUUACUGCUACUUUAUUUCACUUUUUUUUGAUGGAAGCAGUUUUUUGUCUUUUAGGACAGGUGAAUUUAUUUUAAGGGUGUUGAAAUUCAUAUUUUGGGUAUUGUUGAAUUUGUAUAAUUCACAAGAGCCGAUAAUAUAUGGCAGGCCAGGCAUCCCUGAUGAAGCAGAGGUAAAUUUUAAUGCUUUUUUUUUUUUUUUUUCAUUUUUUCCUGAACUUACUGCUACUUUAUUUCACUUUAUGUUGAUGGAAGCAGUUUUUGGUCUUGUAGGACAGGUGAAUUUACUUUAAGGGAGUUGAAAUUCACAUUUUGGGUAUUGUUGAAGUUGUCAAAAGUCAUCAUCAAUAUCAUUAAUCAACAUUACUAGACUCAUGAAUUUUUAAAGAUAUUUUUAUGAGACUCUCUUCAGCACUCAUCUCAGUGUUCAGUAAACUCAGCCAAGGAACUCCAUGUUCAUUAAAUUUAUAUCUGACUCUUAGUAGAUCCUUAUAAAAUUUAAUUUUAAAAAUCAAAUGGAAAAUGCAAAUGAAAAUGACUUAAUUGUUAACAGACUCCAGGGGUAACUAUUUACAGAUGUAUCAUUAAUUUUUUUUUUUUUAAAGGAUGAGCACUCUGAGCAAAAAAGUUUGGGUUUAAAUAUCAUAGACAAAUGGAGGGCUGUCUCCAGGCGACGAAGUAGUGGACGAGAUGAAAACCCAGAAGUGAGUUUUUAUCAGUUUUGACUUGAUUUGUUCAUCUUUGAAACAACAGUUGUACAUUGUUUUUGCCAUUUUGAUUUGUUCAUCUUUGAAACAACAGUUGUACAUUGUUUUUGCCAUACCAUUUGUUUUUAUUAAUUGACAGAUUGAAAAAGAGAGACUAAGGCAUGUGUAUGGCGAUGUUGGAACAAUAAACUCUCGGGAGUAUAGAGAUGUAAGUACUGAUCAUGUCAUUAUUAAUUCAAUGUCUUACCAAGAGUAUAUACAAAUAUUCCUAUUAACAUUUAGUUUUUUUUUCUUUCCAACAUUUCCUUUUCUCAUAGGCCUACUUAUAGUUUAGUUUACUUUCAUCAAAUUAUAUACAUUUGUUGCAUGAAAACUACACUUAAUAAUGGAAUUUUUAGGGGAUAACUUAAUUAUUUUACAGAAUAUGAUACACAUAGUUUUAUAAUUAAACUUAGAUUGAUUUGCUUGCUCCUAAAACUAAGUUUUCAUUUGAAUAAGUCCUCAAAAUUUUCAGUAAUGUGUGCCAUCAUUGUACCUGUUUUCCAUAACAAAAUAUAAAACUUUAAACUUUUAUAAGUUUGAGUGUUAUUUAUUAUUUUUAUACACAGGAUGGACAUCCCAGUCAAAUAAGAGCUAGAGAGCACUGGAGGAAAGUGCAGGACUUUGCAAAAUCUCCAGUGCAAAAUUAUCCAGCCGAAACUUUGCAGACAAGGAAUGAGAAUCUCCCCUCUUCGCCAUUCCAUGGCCCGGUGAAUGGCUAUCGGCAAGCUGGGAAUGUCAAGUCACGUCCCAACUUGACACCUCUCAUCAUACCCAGGCCAAGCAGGAUCAGCAAGCCAGCAGCACAAAACUAUCAUUCCAAAAUUUAAACCAUUGCCAACCCAGUUGUUAACUUUCAUCACAAGUCUGUUGAACAAUUGACAAAGUCAUUCCAUUUUGAGGUGGCACUGACAGCAACAAAGAAAAUACAAGUAGCAUGUGAAUAAAAAGAGUAAACUCAGUGUGUUUUAAUUGGUCAGCCCACUCUUCUGGGGCAUUUCAGUAUUAAUGGCAUCAGGCAUCCUCCAGCAAGGGUUGUUUAAGCUCUGAGAUUUUUUAAUGCUGGCACUUAAUCUGUGAAUGCAUCAAUUUUAUCGUGUAAACAUAAUAUUUCCUUAAAGUAAGGAAACUGAAAUGUCUUGUAAAGUGACAAAGUCAAUCUUUGCUGAUUGGCUAAUACUUUUAUGUAAAUAUUUUUAUGAAAAUUUUAUAUUUUGUAAAUUCACCAUGUGCCAUAUCGUUUCAGUGGUAAAUUCUGAUUUGGAUAAAUGAGAAAACAACGUUCUAAAUUAUUUAUUAUUUUUCCUGACUUUUUUGUUGUCUUGGUAAAUUUUAUUUUCCUUGAGAUCAACUAAUGUUGACUGUGCAGUACACAAAGCACAUAAUGUAAGCUGCUUCAAAACAUUAACAGACAAGUAAUGGCUGUUCAUUAAAUUAUUGUUCAUCUUCUGGGAACAUAAUUUUUUAAGCAUUUAAUUUACUAUUUUUUUAAAUUCAGUAAAUCAAAAUGCUUUUGCUUUUUAUUUGUCUAUCAAACAGGUGUGAACCAUUUUUUAUUACAUUUAUGGCCAUUUCACAUUUAGUUAAAAUUGUCUCCUGUAAAUAAAGUAAGCGGGUUUCAAGGUCUAAGUUUGUUAUUUUAGCCCAUGUUCUAACAACAGAACAAAAAUUUAGAGUAGGCCUAAGGGGUUUGUUUUGACAGAAUCAACUAUAUUCAGUUUUAGGACCACUCAAGUACUUAAGUAACAAAACUGGCUGAAAAGGAGAAAAUAAUCUCUUUAAAUUGAUUCCUAAGAAUGAUAUGAAUCAAAUAAAAUUUGACAUUAAAUUGCAUGAUUGCUAUACUGGAACAUACUAUUGCGUUUAUCUCAGUAUUUAAAGAUCAAAGCAGGGUACAUAUAUUUUUCAGCAGUUUUAAAUUAUGUAAGUUAAUGUUGAAGUGAGCUCCAACAAAAGGCUGAUAACAUCUUAUCCUUACAAGAUAAGAUAUUAAUAAAAUUGAAAAUGGA